AUGCGCGCGCGCGCGCGGGGAGUGGCGGCGGCGGCGGCGGCGGGGACUCUUCCCCGCCCCCUUCCAGCAACCCCGCAGCGCUGCCUGCCGGAGAGCGGGGCGGCUUCCAGUUGAGAGAUGGCGGCCACCGCGGGCAGAUCGCUGCUGCUCCUCCUCCUCUCGAGGACCCCCGGCGGAGGAGGAGCGGCGCUGACAGCCGCCGGCUGCUUCCCGGGGCUGGGGAGGCACCGUCAGCAGCAACAGCAGCAGCGGCACCGGACGGUGAGUGUCCCCCUCCGGGCGGAGGCCGGGGACCAGACGGGAGCGGGGCGGCAGGACAGGUAUUGCCUGGGCUGGCCAGGAGAAGCGGGAGGAAGGGACUCGGCCGCCCGGGCGCUGCCCUUCCUGCGAGGCGCUUGGGGGCUGGGGGACGCGGGACGUGCCCGCUGCCGCCCGUCGGAGCCUCCUGGCUCUCCCCUCCUCCCGGGCAGCCCAGCCCUUUCCCAGGGUCCGCCCCGCCAGCGGAGGGACCGCCCGCCCGGGAGCAAGGGCGACCCCUUCCUCCCUCCUCCCCGUUGGGUUUCCCUGGGCGCUUUCGUGCCUCUGCUCCUCCUCAGCAGCGGCGCCUCGGACAGAUCAAUGCACCUCGCGCGGCUGGCUGGCUGGCAAGGGAGAGCGAGAAGGCGCUGCAGGCUGCGGCGUGCAGGGGCAAAGAGGCGGAGGAGGGAGACGCCGGCGCUGCUGCUCCUGCUGCAGCAGCAGUGACUUGGAGGAGUCUUUGCUUGCUUGCUUGCUUGCUCCCCCCCUCUCCCUCUCCCCCCCUUCUCCAUCCUCCCCGGUGCUGCAUCCCCUCUUUAUCUUAGCACACCAGCCGUGCCCCUCCUUACGUGGGCCCGUCUUAACUUGAUGGCAGGCUGAAAAAGAGGGGAGGGGGGUUCACAAGUUGCUCGCGAAGGAGCGUUUUUGGAUGGAGGGGGAGGACAUUGGCUUGGUUCCAAUUUUUCAUUCCAAAGGGACAGGGUCAGGAAGCCUGCUGGGCGAUUUCCUUCUGAAUUCACCCCUUCGUUCCAGGAAGGGAAAGUCAGUGGGGAAAUGGCACAGGGGUCUUUCCGCUUCCCUCCCUCCCUCCCUCUUCAGGUCGUGGCUGCAUUCCAACCAGUGAUUCCUCCCAGUUGUAGGAAGUCUUCUGUCCCCCUGCCCUUUCUCCUGAGAAAGUUAUCUGUUAAGCUGAAUCAAUGCAGAACCAGGCUGAGUUGAAUGCAAAUCGCUGUGCAGCAGCGCUCCGUUGUCUGAGGCUUUUUGCCUGUAAUGUUCCAGUUGUCGAAUGACUGAAGUGCACUGGUCUGUCAGGAUGGGUGAACUCAGGACUGGGAUGGAAUCCAGCUGAUCUGAAAGUUCAGUUACCUCUGGCAGCAGGGAAUCUGCACAUGGCAGCCAAAAGUUCACAAGCGAAACUGAUACAAAGGUUGUAUGUAUGUUUGUGUGUUGGCCUGUUGCUGAACUUUUGUGGAGUACUUCCCCAUGGCUACUAUGGAAGCUUUGGCGUCUUCCUUGUUAAGCCCCACCUCCUUGUCUUAUGGUUGCAUUCAAUUAAAAUUUGGGUAUGUAGCGUGGAUCGUAUUUCAGCGUGUCUAGGGAAAUUCAGUCAAUGUAGACUUUUAUGUAAUGUUAAAUGUCAGAGCUGCUAUGUUGCUCCCUCCACCCAGAGCUCUUUAAAGGAUUCUCUGCAGCAGCCUGUUAGGAAGUCCUUGCUCUCCUGUGAUCUAAAAGGCCAGCCAGCGUUUUAAUUAAGUUGCUCAAAUAAAGCUGAUGAAACGUACACUACAGAAGCAAUUUUGAUGGAAGUAGAGAAGAGCACAAGGCCCCAUGUAUGCAGUUCGUCCAGAUUUUACUACGCUAUAUUCUUUUGUUCCGUCAGGUUUAUAAGCACUUUGUGUUGGUUUAACACUGAGUAUAGGGAAAUUACUUUCAACCACAUAUGCCAGAAUAAGUUUGAUAUAGCCUACCAUAAUAGCUUUUUGUUUUGCAAUGGUGAAACAGGUCAAAGCCGCUAUGCAGAAAUGAAAUUUUCAACAAAAUAGUAAAUGGUAAAGUGGCUCGUAAUGAAAACUUACUCACAUUGAGUGAUCUUAGUAAUUUUCUUCCUUUGAAAGUUGUAAAACUUUGCAAAUCUGGUAUACCAAGAUCUCAAGUAAAUAGGUUCCUUGUUCUACUUGACAUUUAAUGCUUUUAUAUCUCAUAACUUUUACUUUUUGCGACCUGCGGUUUCGGCAUGUUAGGCCAAAUGCAGAAGAAUAACUCAUUCUAAUGAAACAGGUGUCUGACAGUAUCAUCUUAUUCAGGAUCUGCUAGACUUCAUUACUUUAGCUAAAUGUUGAUAACAGAAUCUAACAGAAAAAUAGUAUUAGGCUUAAGUAUAAAAAAACUUCGAAAAGUAAACUAUUGUGUUGUUGCCCCCCCCCCCAAAUCUUAAUGAUAUUGAAGGGAGAGAUUUAUUGAUGUAUUAAUAGGUCACUGAUCACAGUCAACCAAUGGAUCAUCUUUGUUACUGGACUGUGUUGCUGGGAAAUCAAAUUGCUUUUGAUGAACAUGGCUGCAUGGAUUAUUUACUGCUGGUGUAACAAUAAAAUCAGGAAUGCAUUUGAAACACAAAACAGCUUAUUUCAAUGCUCUUCUUGUCAGAUUAUUUUGUUUUAUUUUCUCCAUGUCACAAUCAAUCGUGCUCAAGCCAUAAAGUCUACAUGAUGUUUGAGAAAAACAGGCCAGUUGUGUAGUGUGUUCACUUUGUUUCAAGGUUAUAUUAAUUUUUUCCCCAUUGAGCAAUCAUCCUAUGUAUGCAGUAGAUGGCACUCUGCAUUGUGCUGGUGGUUUGUACGAGACCAGGAUAGUCUCUGACGACUUGGCUAUUCUAGUAUGCGAUGGGAAGGAAUGCUGAAGUUGAUUGACCUGUAUCUGGCAGAUAGCUCAUGGAUCUCUGUGGCCUCUGUCAGGUGGAAGAGCCUCCUCUAGUUGACCUGGCAGAGUGCAGAUUUUUAAUCAGGUUGGGAAAGCCAGAGAUAGGCAGCUGGGUCAUGUUUGUACUACUGAUGACAGAAACCAGUAUACUCUCAAAAGCAUUUGGUUAUAUGGGUUUGACCCUGCAGGCAUCUCCUACACAUGCCUGCUUGUUCUUGAGAUCCUGCCCAUCUUCUGCGUGCUGUUUUUUGCACUGCGUAAGGUAUCCUUUUUUUUAUCCAUAUGGUUAAGGAAUGUGGUUUCUGUAAUGAAUGAUAAACAAAUUGAGGGAACACCAUGUGACUUCUUGGGAACUGGAAGAAUUCCUUCAGUGCCUCUGCUUUCUGCAAACCAUACAAAACUAGUGCAUCUGUUGUCAGCCCAGGGGUAUAGAACUCCAACAUGCUGCCUGUGUAUGUAAGGGGUGGACUUUCUCCUUGCCCUGGCUUAGCACAACAUUGAGGCUAUGGUGUAGCUGCCCUGUAAACCUCAACUUGGUUAGCAGAUGCAUACCAGGAUUUGCAGUUCACCAGGGAAAUAUCACCUCCUGGUGGAUGGAUUAAAGAGUACAUAGUGAUAACAUUUGUCACAGUAGAGUGACAACUGUUACAACUGACCAAAACGUCACAAAACAGGCAGCAAGUCCAAAGGUAGGUGUUACACAAUUGCAGUGGUUCUCAAACUCCACCCCCCUCUGGGGCCACACUUUCAGAAUAAAAAGCAACAAAAACACACCAAGGUUUUUGGUGAUAACAAUAGCAGGGCUUGAUCUAUAACAUAGAACACAGCUAUUUUAUAAUAAAACAAUUCAGCUACAUAAGAACAGGAAUCAUUCAUCACAAUAUAAUUAUAAACAAGCCUCUUACAUAUGUCCCUUAAGUAUGUAUACAAACUCAAUGUGAGGUAUAAGCUUUAAGUAUCACUUGUCGCUCUAGCUCUGAUUUUGCAAAUAGAAAAAUGUUUUUGAUGAGCAUGGUGUAUUAUACCAUAAGCAUGGUGUAUUAUACUAUACUAUACUAAAAUGUUUCUUUUGAUGGUCCUGGAAUCUUCCUGCCGCACUUACCAUCCUUUCCUGCCGCACCCUUUGAAAAACCACUGCAAAAUUGUGAUUGUUUGAUUGAAUCCAUUUUUGCUCCUGGUAUUUGUGCUCGAAUAGAUUCUGCAUCUAUAGUUAUAACUAAGAAAGCAUAUUCUCUGACAGUCCCCUGAUUAGAUCCAUAGCUCCUUAGCUUUAUUCAGAAAGUCUGCUGCAUCAUGUAUCUUCAGAUCAUGCCUGUGGGACGUAUUCAAAGUAAAUCUUUGAAAACAGUACUUAACAAGGCCUAGUUAAAGAGCAGAUUUUUUUUAAAAAAGCAAAAAACCAGACAGGCAUAUAGCAGAGUAUUCUUUUCCACACACAAAAAGAGAAGAUUUUUUUAUCUGAGAAGCAUAGUCAAGACUAUGAAAAAUGGGGGAAGGGUACAUUCUGGGAUGAGCUCUGCUAUGUCCCCAGGUGAACUUUUGAAUCUGCUCUAGGGUUAGUGAUUUCACUCAAACUGAGCUGUAAUUCCUAGUUUUCAAGUAAACUUGUGGAGAUUUUCCAGUGUGGUGUAGUGGUUAAGAGCGGUGGACUCGUAAUCUGAUGAACCGGGUUUGCGUCUCCGCUCCUCCACAUGCAGCUGCUGGGUGACCUUGGGCUAGUCACACUUCUCUGAAGUCUCUCAGCCCCACUCACCUCACAGAGUGUUUGUUGUGGGGGAGGAACGGAAAGGAGAAUGUGAGCCGCUUUGAGACUCCUUCGGGUAGUGAUAAAGCAGGAUAUCAAAUCCAAACUCCUCUUCUUCUUCUACACAAAUAAGGGGAUUGUGUGUGUGGUUUUGGGGGGAACAUUUUGCUAUGGUGAAUGAUAAAUGCGUUCCUGUCUGUUUUGCUGCAUGCUGACCCAGCCCUUGCCAACCUGGUGCCCUCCAGAUGCUGUUGGACUAAAACUCCCAUCAGUCAGUGUUAGAAACUCAAAUAUAUAAGCCUGGUGCCAAAUGGCUCCUUAAAACAAGGUCACAGUUUCCAGAGCGGAAUGACUUGUUGCCAUUUUGGGACAAGGCUGCUCUAAAGUCUUUAUUUUUUCAAAUGAUGGGACUGACUGUGAUUGAUUAUCAGCUAAACAUCUGGCUAGUUCAGAUGACACCCUUGAGCUAGGUUAAGAACCUUGAGAACUUAAAGAAGAAAAGUCACUUGAUCCAGGGACAGUCCAAAUAUAUCUUGGCCUGUCGCUACAGGAUGUGGUGUUUAGUGUGUGAAAACAGUCGAGAUCCAGUGAUACUUGGGUAUGCACCUCCAGAUGGUGAAGAUGUCAGGCAUUCUGGCAUCUGGUUGACAGCCAGGUGCAAAAGGCACCUGGCGAGUUUUGAACGCUGCCCAUAAUCACCAGCAAGCACAGCAAGCUGCUGUUGAUUGGGGUUGAUGGUAGUGAUAAUACAACUGGAGGGUGCUGGGUUGCUGAACACUGGACUAAUGGAAAAUAACUCACCUGCUAAUGCAAGUAAACCAAAUUAUGUCAACCCACAUUUCUUCUAUGGACACAAAUUCAAUAAGAGCAGAAUGGGGGCUGUCAAAACUACACGUAAGCAAGAUCCAUACAUUUGUAGUCAACUGUGUGGCUUGAAGAUUUGUGACUGUGCAUAUUCAGCUGCUAUUUGUUAUUGUCUGCUCGUAUAACAUAUACACUUUUUACAUUGGCUUUACCUGACUGACUUGUGAAGCUUUUCUAGAUUUUCAUUGAGUUCACUCCACCCCCCACCCCCCAUUUAUAAUUAAGGAUUGUUUUCCUGCACGUGCAUAUUGAUGGUGAGCUGGGAUACAGGGAAAGAACAGCUGGCUGCUUUUUUGUGGAAAACUCAAAAAACGGAACCUGUAAACGAGAUGCUUUGAUUGGCUGAAAGCAGUGGGCACUGUAAAAAGUUAUAAUGGAACAACUUGGUGUACUUAAAGGAGGGGGACAUGAGAAACAUAGAUCUAAACAGAGGCUUGCAGCACCUUUAACAAAUCUAUUAAGGCAUAUCUUUCAGCAGACUGCAGUCAAGUUCUUCAGAUGUUUGAAGUAUUAUCCCCCAUUGGCAGGUGGAGAGAUAUAGAGGAAAAAUUGUAAACAGUGAGGUCAAAGGGAGAUGACAUGCCAAAAAAAAAAAGCAGAUGGACAAUUAUGUUAAAGUCUAAAUGUGCAUAAAAUGUAUCAACCAAAUCUCACCUGUGAUGAGGCUCUGUAACUUCUGUCCUAUGCUACAAAUUUAUAUGUCUGCCAGCCAUUCGCUUGACCGUUCAUCUGCCUUGACAGCUUUAACUCAUUUUGGUUUCUUUCUUACUCAGUUAAACAUGCCUUACUUAAUAACAUAUUGAACUUGGCUUCCUCACUUAACUUGUUCCACCCUUCAUGUCCCUCCACCCAUGGCAACAACCAUCUGCUUGUGGUAGAGUGUGCUCAGAGCUUUGUGCGCACAGCCUGCUGUUGCAUUUGACAUUUUGCAGAAUGAGGCAGGAGGAUAUUAAACAACUCUUUGUUUGGUGGGGAUCCUUCCUUUUCCUUUCACCCCCCAGCCACACUUCCUUCAGAGGUGAAUCUGACAGAAAUUAGCAAUUACACCUGGAAAGUGGUUAGCGUUCUCAAGGAUCUGGUGGGACAGAGGACCACAAGUCUCAUUACACAUGCAAGAGAGAUGCCUGGGUGAGAGGCAGUAGGUUCGCUCCAGUUUCUCUGGUGCUGCAUCACAGGGUUUUUCGAGGCUCCAUGUGGCACUUCCUGACUCACUUCCACUUUCUUAUUCCUGCCCUGUUUGUUGGAAAUGUGUGUGUGUUGUUUGCGGGAAUAAUGUCUGCUUCAGAAAUAGCUAUGAGUGAGAGAAGCCAAGCCAAGGCUACUUCAAAUGUAUGUUUCCCCACAUGAGUGCCGCUUAAAAAAUGUUAUUGCUCCAAGGAGCAGAGCGCUACAUUCCUUAAUAAUCAGUACAAUUUGAGGGCAUUGAGUAGUAGUAGUAGUAGUAGUAGUAGUAGUAACACUUAGGUGAUAUUUGGAAAUGAGUGAAGAGUGUGGACAGGGAAACUAUUUUAAAUGCUUUCAAGUAACAGCCACUGCUCUUUUUAACAAAAUGAACAUUUCAAAGUUGAGGUCACCUGGGUAAACCAAGUGCCUUGGAUUUUUCCUGUCCUUGUCUAGAUGAUAUUGAUGAAACACAGUCACAACAAAACACAAGCAUCUUCUAGUUAUGCUGCCACAUAUCUGAAAUAAUGCAUAUUGUUUAAAAUACAAAAAUCACACAACUGGAUGCCUCACUCACUGCUAGUAAAUAUUAGCACCAACACUUUGUUACUUAUCGGGAUUUUGUAGCCCAUGUGGUCAUUCUCCUUGUGCAAUAGACCUCUAUUUGUCCAAUGGAACUCCCCCUCCUUUGCAUCCCCUCUCACCUUCAAAACCUGUUCCAGAGGUGGGAAAUCCCUGGAUUUAAUUUUGGGGGCGCACAGGGAGAAGAGAGGAAGAAGAAGCAUGAGUGGAACACUCUUUCUGUGUGUGGUGUUGGAUACAACCUUGAAUCAAACCAAUUAAUUAAAAAAAGAUAAAGAACCCUAAAUACUGAAUUACUUAUUUAUUCUUGGGAUGUCUAAAAACUGAAUCUCUUCCCAAGCUAGUUUGGAUCCAUUUUUCUUUUUGUUUUGCUCUGGCAUGACUAAGGAUUAGGCAAACAUAUUGCAAAUGGAAACUUAAGCAUCCCUGACCAUCCAUAAUGGCAGCAUUCAACACACAAACAAGUUAAAAGCAAUCCCUCUGGAAAGUCUCUGUGGGCCUCAUAAGCUCAGCUGUAAUGCCCUAUAAUGGAUCAUCGUGAACUUGCUGUUGUCGAAAUACUAAGGUGGAACUGUUGAGUAGGUUCACAGAUAAUAAACACAAAAUCAUAGAAUUGUAAAGAAGCAUUGAGACUUAUACUGGAUGGCUCAUUGCUUUAACGUAAGUUCCCAAGGCAUCUCAUUUGGCAAAUAUGCUGGUCCCUGGUGUUAUAGAACUUCAAGGCAAGGCUUUGUUAAGGCUGUUUGGAUGGCUGUUCAUGCUGCCAUGUGGUUGCAAUUGCUCUGCAGCAGAAGGUAACUGUUCAAUGAGGAAUUAAAGGGUUCUGGACAUCUGGACAACAUAGUCUAACAGCAUUUUGGUCAAAUUGCAGAUGCUAAUGUUGUAAUUUCACCAGCAAUGGUACCUAUGCAAAACUGAUUUCUUGAGAGGCGUGGUAUUGCUGAUAUGCAACUGGUAAUCGGAAUAACACAAUUAUUUUAGUGUUGAUUUACUUUACAACCCACCUGUAGGAAAAGAAAUACCUUUAUACCUAUUGAGCUCAAGGCUUUUGGUUAUUAAAAUAGCAGAGAACUCAAUGGUGUUGAUAGAAUAAACUUUGUGGCAGUUCCUGGACAACAGACUUCCUAAUGGGUUAAUAUACGGCAUAUUGGAAUUAAAAGGUGCAGUAUCAAGAAAGCCUGAAUCUUGAAGAACACUUUACAAAAUGAAACAGAAGUAUUCAGCUAGUUAGCAAUUAUGGCAAAGCCAAAUUGUCCCUAUCCUUCAAUAGUAUGAUUUAUCCAAAGAGGUUAUGUGUCAAUUCCAAGUCCAGCUUCUGUUCCUGAAGUAUGUUUUCAGCUUAAUAGCAAUAAUACAUUACUUCUAUUUAAUAAAGUAUUGGACUGUGACCUCGCCAACUGAUCCUUUUAUAAUUCUUGGCAGGAAAAGACAGAAUGCUCCUAUCAGACUGCUCUUGGAGUUGAAGUCCAAGAACUUAUUCCAUGCUCUAGCAUUCUUAAUGUCCAUCUUGAUCCUUGAUAUAUGACCCUUGUUAUGUAUUCUGAUUUUAAGGUGGAGCUGUUUUCAUAGUACAUGUAAAAAUGUCAUGUACUACCUGCUGCUCUUGUAAACUUCUUUUGAAACAUGUUCGUUGACUGCCAGAUGUGGUGUAGUGGUUAAGAGCAGUAGUCUUGUAAUCUGGUGAACUGGGUUCGCGUCUCCGCUCUUCCACAUGCAGCUGCUGGGUGACCUUUUUUGAAGUCUCUCAGCCCCACUCACCUCACAGAGUGUUUGUUGUGUUGGAGGAAGGGAAAGGAGAUUGUUAAUCGCUUUGAGACUCCUUCGGGUAGUGAUAAAGUGGGAUAUCAAAUCCAAACUCUUCUUCUUCUUCAGAUUAUUUUUUAUGUCUUUUUAAAGCCAUAAAUGGUUUUGAGUAACCCAGGAAGCAUCUUAUUGAAGCUUGAGGGCUCUGAACUUUUCUUCUUUUUUAUUGUGACUUCAGCUGUUAAAUUAAGCAAACUGUUUGCUUGUCUUCUUCAGUUGAUUCUUCUUUCUAGCUGAUUUACCACCUCAAAACCAUGCCAAGAAUCAGAACUGUUUCAAAUUAGGUAGCCUAAUUGAGAUUAUUUUUGUUGUAUGAACAGUAUUGUUAAUAGCUUUUGCAACUCACUUAGAGUUCUUCUGCAUGAGUGUUAAGAGCAAAUAAUUGUUUGUUGUGGAGCUAAUAUUUAAAGAAAAAAUGGUAUUAUGUUUUUAAGAGACUUCUAGGACUGGGUUUCCCAAAGUUGGGUCUCUAGCUGUUUUGGGGCUACAACUCCCAUCAUCCCUAUCUUGCAGGAGCAGUGGUCAGGGAUGGUGGGAAUUGUAAUCCAAAAACAGCUGGACACCCAAGUUUGGGAAACCCUGUUCUAGGAUCUAAGACAGGACACUCUACGUUUGUCCUCUUGUCCUUGAGCCAGUUUUCACCCUAUUCUGAUUGGCCACCUGAUAGAGAAAAUAAAAUCACUAUUCUGAUUGGCCACCUGAUAGAGAAAAUAAAAAGGACUGUAUUGAGGAACUAGAACUUUUGGCUUUCUUACCAGAAAAUUUGCAUAUGAAAAUAGAAGUUUUGGAAAUGGUGAUAUGCUGGGUUGAGUACCAAGCAUCUUGAUCAGCAACCUCACGUAAUAGAUCUGUUGCUGGACUCUAGAACUUAAUGUGAGAGUGGGUAAAAAUGGAAAAGUCAUUCCCCACCCCCUGGGAAUACUUCAGAUCAGCAGCUUUCCCUUUUCUAAUUUCCGAAUAUUUUGGAACAGUUAGUUUCAUGAUCUUAACGAUGUCCCAUAAAUUCACUUAAUGAUUACAAGAAUGACAUUCCUCAUAUCUGUUCUUGCCCCCCCCCCCGCUGCCGACUUUCUUUCGUUCCUUAGUAUUUCAUUAAGUGUACAGUUGAAGCUGGUCUAUUCUUCUUCUUCUUCAAUCUCAUUUCUUGCUUGCUGAUAGGUUUGGUCCCCACCCAGGCAAAAUGCCUCCACAGAUGAGAGUUUUAAAUUGAUAACACUGGUCAACAACAAAUUUCUUGUCUGCGUUUUUCCAGCUGAUUUAGGAUGAAUCUGAUGCGCUGAAUCCAAAAAUCACAUUGGUUUUGCUCAAUCAGGUCAAGUUUUUGAGCUAUGGCCACAUGUCUUUUUUACAUUUUUGUUCACAUGUACGCUUGUGUGGAGCAUUUUAGAAGAAGUUGGUGGGGGUAAAAUGCCUUGUCAAAUAAUUGUUUUGAUUGGAAAUGAUUAUUUUAAUGACAAGAAGUAUUCAGGUCCGAUAGUUCUGGGUGAUUAUGUCGAAAAGGGAUCAGUUUGAAGUCAUAAAACCUCGAAAUCUUCCAUAAAUUGGUCCAGCAAAGCAUAAAGUUGGGGGAUCAAAACUAAGUUAAUGGGGCAGCCGCCCCACGAAGUAUCCUGAUCUUCAAUCAGCACUUCGUCCUGUAGCUCAUUGUGAUGAAAUUCCAGUGCCUAUCUUCGGAGAACUUCCUGACAUUAGUGACGAAGAUGCCUCCAGUGUUGAAGGACAUGAAGAAGAAGAAGUGGUUCUUGAAGAUGAUGCUCCACAUCCAUUUUCCCAAAAGGAGUUGAAUGAUCUAGUUCGCGACCUCAGCUUGUCAAAGGACUCUGCCGAACUGUUGGCAUCCAGAUUGAAGGAAAAAAACCUCCUCUCUGACAGUGCUCGCAUCAGCUUCUUGUGCAACAGGCAUCAAGAGUACCUCCGUUUUUUCUCGGAAGAGAAGGACUUGGUGUACUGUGCAGAUAUUGCGCAGCUUCUGCUCAAGCUUGGAGUGCCACAGUACGAACCCAAAGAUUGGAGACUGUUCAUUGACAGCAGCAAGCGAUCACUGAAAUGUGUUCUGCUACACAACGGCAACCAGUUUGCCUCUAUACCCCUGGCUCACUCGAGUACACUGAAGGAGAACUAUGAAGCGGUGAAGUAUGUGCUGGAGAAAAUUGGUUAUGAUCAGCAUAAGUGGUUUAUUUGUGUUGACCUGAAGAUGGUGAACUUUUUGUUGGGACAACAGUCUGGCUUCACCAAGUACCCAUGUUUUCUGUGCAUGUGGGAUAGUAGGGACCGUGCUCAGCAUUACACGAAGAAGGACUGGCCUGUGCGGGAGGAAUUGGUGCCUUGCAAAGAAAGGAACGUCAUCAACGACCCUCUGGUGGACAGAGACAGAAUACUCUUCCCACCGCUGCACAUCAAGCUCGGCUUAAUCAAGCAGUUCACCAAGGCUCUGGACAAGGAUGGUGACUGCUUCAUUUACUUGUGCCAGGCUUUUCCAGGAUUGACCAUGGAGAAGUUGAAAGCUGGCAUCUUUGACGGUCCUCAGAUCCGUCAGCUCAUCAGAGAUCCAGAGUUCGGAAACUCAAUGAACGAAGUGGAACUGGAAGCGUGGAAGGCAUUUGUUCUGGUAGUGAAGAACUUUCUUGGCAACAAUAAGGCCAGAAACUACGCAGAACUUGUCAACAACAUGCUGACUGCUUUCAGAAACCUGGGCUGCAACAUGAGCGUCAAGAUGCACUACCUAUUUUCACAUAUGGACCGGUUUCCUGAGAACCUGGGUUCAAUGAGUGACGAGCAGGGGGAGAGAUUCCAUCAGGACAUGAAAGAGAUGGAGACCAGGUAUCAGGGUCGCUGGGACGCAGUCAUGAUGGCUGACUACUGUUGGACUCUGAAGAGAGACCUCCAUGCUGCUGAGCAUUCCAGGAGUUCCAAGAAACGGAAGUUCAAGCCCUGAAGUUUGAAAAAUGGUGAAGCAACAUGCAAUUUACGUGUACUUACCUUUAUCAAUGCCCACCAUUCAGUUUACAGAAAACCUGACCUGAUGGAGAGAAACGGAUGCCAUUUCCUGAUUCAGCAGUGCAAAAAUACCCUAAAUCAGUUGUAGAAAUCUAGACAACAUUCAAAAAGUAAAAAAUUGUUGCCCAGUGUAAUGAGUUGACUUCCCUUAAUGACAAGCUUUUAAGAAACAAUGACUGCAGAGCAGUCUAGCAGGCUUUGUUUCUGGAGAUUUACCUCUCAGUUAGUGUUGGAGAGCCAGCCAAAAGUUAUGUAGUUAUAAAUCAAACCACAGGAGUUGAAGAAUUGUUGGCUGUCAAUAACAGAGAAUGGAUGCAUAAAACACUAUCCAAAAUGAUUGAUCAUUGUAACAUUUUAAAGGUAAUUUCCACAAAAACUUAUUUCUAGGCAUUUGGCAGAACUGAACUGCUUAUGUAAAGCAAGUUAUAUAAAUGUAAUAUAAAUUAACAUCAAGCAAAUAAUAUAAAUUAAUCUAAUUUAGCUGGCUGCAUGCUGCUUACUUGAACAGACUUUGCUUUCAGAGAAUAUGCAAAAUUCCGUGGAGAAGAAAGGUUUUGAGAGAGAGCAUAUUUGAACUCCUGAUUAUACAUUUCCAGGAAGACAAAACUGGAGUCUCGUGUAUUUAUGGGAACCUGAGACCAGGAGAAGCUGGUCCUUUAGUGGAGACAGAUAGUUGUUUGGAAUGAUGUUGGUAGUCUCUGGACAGUCAGAAGCUUGUAUUGUAUCUUAGUUCUAGCUUCAUAACUUCUCUGCACUUACAGGGCAAAAGAGCUAAUCAGUUCUGGUCAGGUAGUCUGUGUGGAAAAAAGACUUAACUUGAGGAUGAAUAUUCAGGAACAACACAGUAGACAGCUGUCCAUUCAGGGUUAAUUACUCAGGGUUCAGACACUCUAAAACAGACUAUGGAGGUUGUGCAACCAGAACCACAUAUCUGCUUCUUAUUUUGGUUUUAUAACUGACAUUAGCCCAUGUUUCCCUGGUUCAGAUGUUAUGGGGAACUCUACCCUACUGAAAAUAAGGGUCUUGGCACGAAAGCUAAGCACAAGGCAAGAUGGGUCCACUCAUCCACAGCUUCGUAAACUAUGAGUGGUUUCCAAGCUAAGUCAAUAAAGUUCAGGCCCCAUGGAUUUAAAUGGGGUCUUAAGUUUAACUAACUUAAUUUGAAGCCAGCACAAUAUUAGAACCCAAAUCUUAAAACUUCAAGCUGAUUUCUUCCAGCCAGAAUAUUUUUGUGAAUGCAUCAAAAUGUGUGUGUUUUUUUAGCAAGUUAAAAGGUAUAGAAUUCUCCCUGCAAAAAGUCUGCCAUUAGUUUGUUGCUGGGCUACAACUCCCAUAAUGCCCAACCAUUUUAGUAAAUGGUCAGGGAUGAUGGAAGUUGUAGUAGUUCAACAUCUGGGAACCCAAGGUUGAAGAACGCUGACUAAUACAUUCAAAUUUUGUAAUACCACCUACAAUGCACAGUUAAUUCUGAAGAAAGCAGUUCUCCAAUUAAAAGCUAACCAGUAGCUUCAUAAUACAAAUCACAAUGGGUAGAGCUUUAUUGAUUUAAUUAUGUAAAUAACCUUUAUCUUUUUAUGCACAAUGAUCCUCUUGGAUUUGGGUGCUGCGAAGGCAAGCAUGAAACUGUUUCUUUUUUUUUUUUUAUAAUUGAUAUUUAUUAAGUUUUCAAGGGGUAACAACGAAAAUUUCCAAAAAAAAUUGAAAAUACAAAAAUAACAAAAGUAAUACAAAGAUAUUAAAGAAAAAGAAAAGAAAACCCAGCCGCAAAAAAGAAAAAAAGAAAAACAGAAAAACAGAAAUAUGUAGUUCUUUACGAUCUCCAUUAACUUCUUUUCUAGACUUCCUCCUCCUCCCCUCUCUUGUUUCUUGGUUUUUAAUUUUCACAGCAAAUCCUUUCUGUCUUUUUUUCCAUAACAAUCUAUCAUUACAUUUCCUUAUUCUAUUUUCCCUCUUGUCAUAUAUAAACUUCAAUUCAAUAUUCAAUAUUUAGCAAAUUCUUACAUCAUUACCUUUUUACAAAUCAUUUACCAAUCCUUACUUAAGCCAUAUAAUUUCAUUCAACACCCUUCAAACAUUUAUAAACAUUCCCAAUAUUAAAAAAUAAGAAAGAAAAAAUAAUAAGUCAAAUUCAGUCCAGUCAGCUUCCAGCCUCCCCUCCCCAGGACCCAAGAUUGUCAGUCCUUUUAACCUCAAUGAUCCAGCUCGUUAACCUGGUUGUCUCGUAUCCGAGGCCCUCAAGUCUCUUUCUUGCCCCUUUCGCCGCUCUUGUUGAUAUUUCCCUUUCAGUCGUGGAGACUCCAACAGAAAGAUGCUUUUAACUCUUUGCAACAAGUCCAUUCCAGACCCAUUACCCAAGCCAGAGAGCAGAUAAUGCCAGUUCCAUUUUCCACAGAGCUUGGAGACUUCGACUACUCCAAUCUUCUGAUGGCCCAUCAGAUUUGCCCCAAGUUCAUUUAUCAAGUUCAAAGGCUGAUCUUGCCCAUCCAAUGAUCCCUCCAUCUCUGAAGCCUCCGUCGCUACAGCAGGUUCAUAUACUUGUAUAGACUUUAACUGAAUUUCAUUUGUUUGCUGCUGUGCUCUGGUAACUUCCAUCAUCAAGGUCGACUCCUGACGCAUCUGGUCCAGCUGGGCACUUAAUUUUGCAAAACCUUCCAGGAACACUUGUUGAAGCCUUUGUACAAGCAUUGUCCUUCAAGGUCAAAGAAAAUUCUUUCCCACGAGAAUAGCUCUUCUUUUUAAACUCUCUGCAUUGCAAUUUCACUCAGUUCCACUAGAUGGAACAAAUUUUACUUUUGCAACAAUCUUACUUUUUCCAAAAACACUUUAUCCAAAAUUCCCCCCUAAGAGGCAACAGUAAAGUCAAAAUGUUCCCCUUCUUUUAACUAUCUGUCGAGCUGGAUAAGCUUCAAAACGUCAGUUCUGACAGCCCGCUCCUGGUUCAGGGCGGUGGAAAAUUACUUUAUUUUAAACUCACUUCCGCAGGGUUAAAAAAAAACCAAAACCACCCCCUUCUUCUCCUGCAGUCAAAGGGGGGUUCAGAAAUCUUAGAUGUUGAAUUUUAGUUCUCUCAGAAUUUAAUUUUCAAGCUUUAGUAUAAUUUGUCUUUGCUUUCUUCACGUAACAAAAGAACGGAAGGUUGACUUCCUGUUUAGACCUUUCCGUUCCGAGUCCCAAUUAAGUUCAAUUUCAAGUCCAAAUCCAAUGCUAUUUAUUUAUUCUCCAAUCUUAAAAGUAGUUCAGCUCUUCCAAGAUCAGGUACUCACGGAUAGAUAUUUUAGAUGCCAAAUUGUCCAAGAAGAAGGCAGCGCUCUCCGAAAACGGCAGUGCGGCUUUGCUGCACGGAGGAAGCAGUCGACUCACAGCACCACGCACCUCCCGCUCCGGAGCCCGUUGCCGGGCUCCUGUACAAGGGGAGAGAGCGCUCUCGGUGCCCGCCGCGUCCCACGCCCCCAGGCUGCUUCCGCCUGUGGUGUUUAAGGGCCCCCGCUGCGCCGUAGCGGCAGGACCCAAGCCUCCGUGCAGCGGGUUCCCUUCAGUUCGAAGGGAAUUCCGCCAUUUUCCGGAGGCGCCACCCCGGAAGUCAAGCAUGAAACUGUUUCAAAGCAAUUCAUAUCUGUGUAAAGAUUUAUACGUUGCCAAAAUUAGCACAAAUUGGAAAAUAGGAGUGUUAGAAAUACAUCUCUGAAUUAAAAAAUCAGUAUGGAUUAGCAUUGCUUUCUACUGAAAAGUCGUUGUUGCUUUGAAUGACUAGCUUGCCAGGGGAAAAGACUGCUGCACUGAUUGGCAGUCCUUGAGCUACUGUUAUACAUCUUCUAAAAAUGCCGAAGCUGCAAAAGGAAUGAUGUUUAGGAAGCUCUUCAGGGUUUUGAGCUGAAAAAAGCGUGAAAUAAAAGCUAGGCUAUACAGUAAUGUCUGGACAUCCUCAGUGCUUUCUUGCUUUGGAGUGAAUGUUGCCAUUUCAGGUUGGGGUUACAAAUGUAAUUAACUUAAUUGGAUGUUGGAUUAGAUUGAUCUAAGACGAGGCUGGCUCAGCAAUAGUUUGACUUACUUGGCAAGUUGUAGCCAAAAAGCAUUUCUUCAUCCUUAUGUUAGGAAGCUUGGAGCAGCAGUAUCCAGAACCAGUCGGCAGAAGACCAGUGUCAGGAAAAAGAAAAAGAAAAUCAUAGAUAAUGGAGCUGAAAGAGAAUGAGAAUCAAAACUUAUUUGGAUUAAUUCCUUUUAAAUUACAAAUAGAAUGUAUUUCUGUUAAGUUUGGUCUAUACAGUGUAUUUUAGGAUUACUCUGUCAUGAAGAACAUGUUUUGCAUGCUUAAGAUCCCUACAUUAAUCUAUGGCCUCUUAAUUUCAAUGAUUUUAGGUAGUGGGGCUGUGCAAAUCUGCGCCUGGUUGCUGAGAGAGUUGUUGCUAGUUGGAGCAAACAGUAACUGAUCAAUCUGACUCUGUAUAAGCUAGUUAAUACAUUUAAGUAUAAAAGGAACAAAAGCGUCAUUGGGUAACAAUCAGUCUUCUACAAACCUAGACAGUUUUUGAAGCAAGUUACUCAGAUUCCCUGGGGGAUGCGGGUGGUGCUGUGUGUUAAACCACAGAGCCUAGGACUUGCUGAUCAGAAGGUCGGUGGUUCGAAUCCCCGCGACGGGGUGAGCUCCCAUUGCUCAGUCCCUCCUCCUGCCAACCUGGCAGUUCGAAAGCAUGAAGUGCAAGUAGAUAAAUAGGUACCGCUCCAGCGGGAAGGUAAACAGCGUUUCCGUGUGCUGCUCUGGUUCGCCAGAAGCGGCUUAGUCAUUCUGGCCACAUGACCUGGAAGCUAUAUGCCGGCUCCCUCGGCCAAUAAAGCGAGAUGAGCGCCACAACUCCAGCAUCGGUCACAACUGGACCUAAUGGUCAGGGGUCCCUUUACCUUUACCUUACUCAAAUUCCCAAGUUUCAGCUAGUAAUGAUCUCAUUGUUGAACAACGCAUGCACUGGAAACUACUUUCGUUAAGAAGAUUCCUGUAGAUUUUGCUCCUUAAGGAAAGCUGUGCAGUAUUCUAUCCUUUCACAGAUAACCUUGGUCCAAUCUCCAUCUCUCUAUCUCAAACAACUGUGAGGAGAAAAACAGGAGGGUGGGAAGAAUGUGUAAUGUUUUAAGCUUCUUGCAGGAAAAGUGGCAUAUAAUCUCAUAAAUAAAAAUAAUUGUUCCUGACCAUCGUACAAAACUGGGGCCUAUCCCUUUUCUAGCUCCAGGGCUGAAGCUGCAAAGUGAGGGUAGAGGUUGCCCCCAUGAUUUUGCUGGUCUUUAUCCUCACAUCUCUCCUCCCUGACAUGAGAAGGGGAGCUGAGGGUCGUGUUCUAGCGCUGGGCUGUUAGAAGGAAAUGUUGAUGCUUGGUUUUCAUGCUGGGUUGUACAGUGCUUGGAAGUUCCCUGCAGUCCCCAGCUGGGGCCAUAGCCUUUUCAAAGAGAUUCCCUAUAGUGCACUUUGUUUCCAAGCACAGUUCAACUGCGGGAUGAUCCCCAGACACACACACCCCAGCUCCAAGCUGCAGUGAAAGACUGGGGAUCCUCUCACCAUGCUUGUCAGAAGGGGGAAGGAAGACUUGAGUGGAAUAAUGGACUCCUGGUGAAAGCUGUCCUGGCUCCCACCCAACACAUGACGGCACUGGCGGAGACUCUUCCUUGGAACGAAGGAUGGCUUUAUUGAAACAAAGCAACAGCACAGACUCAGUAGCAGGUAGAGAGCUAUUGCAGCCUCAAAACUCUUACCAGGCGAAGGGGUGGCAGGACACAAUGGGCUGGGAGUAGGAGCCAGAGUUCCUGAGUUCAAGACCAGGGCAAGAAAUUCAGGACCACACAGGAGCUAUUAAUUUCUUCCAAUGGAUUUGCCUGCCUUCUUGCCAGCCGAGCUUCUGAAGUUGUAGUAUAGUCACUCACAGGAUUUCUGUGCCUUGCAGGAAUGUGGAGCUUGCAGGUGUUCACUACGUCUAGGUAGGUAGUUGGAUCUGUCCCUUCUUCAGAGGAACCUCCUUGUCCUGGGAGUCAAGGCUGAGCUUGCCUCCCCUCCUGAUUCCUGUUCUUCCACCCCAAGCUGUAGGUUGGCAUCCUCCCCAGACUCCCAAGAUAUGCUUCCCCAGGAGGAGAACGGAAAGUCAGAGCUUCCAGGCUGGAGCCUGAUGGCAUCUUGGGGCUCACAAUAAAAGCAGCCUUUGCCAGCAAUAUCAUGUGAAACAUUUUGUAAGGGUUUUGCUUUCCUGGUAAGCCUUGUAAAGCUCACAUUCAUUUCAUUGGGGUUUGCACAACUUAACUGCUGGUGUACAGUAUCCUAUAUUUGCUGUUUUUGAUAAAUUUUCAGAUACUCAAUUCCCUGUUGAGUGAGAUAAAAACUGGAUUUUUCCAUUCAUCAUAUAAAAUUGGUUGAAAAAUAAUAAAGGAAAAUAAAGGUUUGGUGUAUCACAAUUAAUAAUUUUCCUCCUAUACUGGGGUUUUUCUUUAUGAAAUUUAACUCUUGCAAAGAUAGCCUUCAGCUUUAGCUACAUCUUGUUGCAUGCAAGCACAAUAGUAUAGAACUCAAUUCUUCUUGACAUUUAAUGUUCUGAAUUCCUUGGGAUCAGGAAUGCAAACAUACUCUGGAGCAUCUUGAAAAUUGGAUUUUUCAGUUUAAGCGUUAUGACUGUCAUGAAGCAAAAACAUAGGUUACAGACAAUUUACACACACACACACACACACACACAUUUGGCAAGCAUGCACCCAUGUUUAAAACUUCUAACAGCUUUUCUGUAAAAGGGGCAAAGCUAAAAACCUUAUUGUGCAUAGGUUCAUUUGAAUUGCAGCAGACAACAGUUAUUCCAGACUGACUAAAAUACUUAAUGUACUGCUCAAAAUGUUAAGGCUGAUGAAGCAUAUUGUCUCCAAGGAAUCAAAGAACUAACGAUUUGUUAAGACUGUUCCUCUUCCAUAACUGAUGUGAAUAAUUCAAAAUAUUAUUAUUUUAACUACUUGAUAGAAGUUGGCUUUCUUAGCAAAUUUGUUUCUGUUGAAAUCCAAUAGCAGUUAGUGUUUCAUGCUGUCAAUGCGUUGCAGAUUGUAUCAAAAGUAUUAUGACUGUCAUGGGUUAGUAAAUUUCUGAUACUGGCAGCAACUGUGGUACCACUGGCACACCUAGCCUUCUGGGUAGCCACAUCAUUUUACUAUGGGAUGGCUACACAGUUGCCUGGAGAUAGCAGGUCAGAUGAUAUGAUGUCAGUUCUGUGCCAUCUUUACUAGUAAACAAGUUAUUUCUUGCUCAGUUCAGGACGCUUGGUUUGACCUUUCAAGUUCUCAUCUAGGGACGCCAACUCCCUUAGGUAGCCCAGCCAAUGGUCAGGACUGAUGACCACUGUAGGUCCUUCAUUCCAGCCCUAAACUGUCUGAGAAUAGGAUAUAUGGAGAAUCCCUUUCUUCCGUAUGAACCAAUCCAGGAACUCUGCUUAGCUUCUGAAAUUUUUCUUCUUCCCACCAUCCAAAUAUCUGCCAGUGGUAUAACUCUAUUCUGGUGAUAGUAACUGUUUUAAUACUUAAUUUUAAAUUGUUGCAACCCGCCCUGGGACCUGCUGGUGAAGAGUGCAUAAUAAAUGCAAUAUUAUUAAUUUUAUAUUUUAUAUUAAUGAUAAAGAGGGCCUUUUCAGUUGUGGGACCCAGGUUUUGGAAUGACCUCACUAGUGAUGUGUUUUUUGCCUUUUAAAAAACCUGACACUUACGACACUCUAAUAGUGGGAUAGUUUUAAUAUUUCUGUCUGCUCUGCGUUUUAAUUAGCUUUUUAGUUAGUUAUGCAGUUUUUAUUGUUGUUGAAAGCUGACUUCUUUCUGCUUGCAGAGAAAAUCAGGAUAUAUGUUAUAAGCAAAUGAGCCUAAAACUGUUUAUGCUGAAACAGUGCAGCUUGUUAGCAUUCUCUCACUCUGCAUUUCCUGUAGGAAGGGCGUAAAGCAGGGUUUCCCAAACUUGGGUCUCCAGUUGUUUUGGGACUACAACACCCAUCAUCCUUAGCUAGCAGGACCAGUGGUCAGGGAUGAUGGGAAUUGUAGUACAAAAACAAUUGGAGACCUAAGUUUGGGAAACACUGGAAAAGACUUCCUGCUCCAUAUUGUCAUGGAACGGUCAUCAUGCUGCUGUUUAAAAACUUUUAAGCUUGUAACACUUCUUCAUAUACUUAAGACAAAUACUUGGAAAGUCUACUAAUAUUAAAAGUGGUGUUUCUGUAGUAAUAACAUUUAAAUUCUUUGUAUAGAUAAUCGUUAAAUCUUCAGUGCAGAUUAAUAGCAAUACCCAAAGUUAAUUUAAUACAUUGGCAUGUUUUCAAAGUGUUUUGCAUCAAACCAAAGGCUUACUGGAGCUUUCUAAACAAAAAGAUACAUAAUACGCUUUCCCCCACCUGUGCCCACUCAACCACUUUGAUUAACAGAAUUUGCACUGCCACCGGUGCUACAUAAUACCAGUUGCACAUUUGUAAGAAUGCAAUCACUUAGCUACACUUAGGAACUCCCUGCCUAUUGAUAUAAAGCAGGCACCUUUGCUUUAUCCUUUUUGGUGCCUGCUGAAAACAUUCCUGUAUUGGCAAGCCUACCCAGAUGCUGGUGGGAAUUUUAAUCUGUUUCUAGUAUUUUAAAUUUUAGUAUGUUUUAAAGUAUUGCAAUUUUUUCUUGAAUUUAUUGUUUUAUCUUUUUGUAAACCACUUUGAUGUGCGUGUUCUGAAGUCAAGCGGUGUAUAAAUUUUAUUAAAUAAAUACAUGUAUAGGUAUUUAUUUUUCUAACAAGGGGAGGUCCCAGUGUUCCCAUGCAACAUCUGCCCAUAAUGCCCCACUUCAGGCAAGACAUGCAAAUGGUUUCAUCCAUUUACUUGUAAUGCGAAUCAAUGGUAGGGUUUUUUUAAAAAAUGUUUUAGAAGGAUCAGAUUAUAAACAGCAAAGUAGAUUGAACAUGUCUGCCCAAACUAUUUUAAGCUUAGGUAGCGGAAAGGGUAUUGUGGAGUAAAUUAAAUUCAUAUGUUAUAUCUCAAAUCCUCCUUGUUUGUAGGUGUAGGCUGGGGAUCUAAUUAACACUGAAGAAAGAUUCAUUCUUUCCAGAUCGAAACCUUUGGCCCAGUCACUACAGAUAAAAAACAUAUAUACCAAAACACUUGUAGUGAUGAUAAAAUACCUCGUUAUCAGGGCUUCAGAUGCAUUGAUACUGAUUCCAGAGUCCAAUAACAGGAAAUGUUAACAAUCAUUUUCAGACACAAUCAUUUACUGACAGAUUUCUUAUACUUUGACAAAUAGAGACGAUCUCAGUAGACGAGGAACUAAAUGCCGGCCCAAAUUCAGAUAAUGCGAGGGAACCUCUGAAACUGAUGAUGAGAACCCAACAACGUGAAAUACUGGAAGCGAAAGCGAGUAUAAAUCAUGGCAAGGAACUCUUUAACCUGAACUUUACUUUCCUGUUCACCCUGAAUAUCUGAAAAGUAGCAAUGUGGGUACUUCAAAAUAAGCAGGCAAACAGAAACAUUGUAUGAUUUUAUAACUUGUAGUCCAGUUUUAUAAGACUGUAUCCUGUGAAAAACAAGAACUUCCUUGUUACAUUGUCCAGGAAGUUCUCUACAGUGCAGUCAGUUGGGCAGUGUGUGAUUAAUUCUACAACUGAAUACAGUGGUACCUUGUUUCUCAAGCGCCUUGGUUUUCAAAUGCCUUGGUUCCCAAAUGCCGAAAACCCAGAAGUAAGUGUUCAGGUUUUCGAAAGUUUUUCAGAAGCCUAACGUGCGAUGUGGCUGUUGGCUAUUGUUUCCGGGGUGCCUGCACCAAUCAGAAGCUGCGCCUUGGUUUUCAAACAUUUUGGAAGUCAAACGGACUUUCGGAAUGGAUUGAGUCUGGUGCUUUUGUUUUUGCUAUUUAUUUUGCCUUUUUGUUUUUGAGGCUUUUUUGGUUAAUUUGUUUUUGUGACUAUGUGGAACCCAGUUCAGCUACUGAUUGAUUUAUUGUGUGACUGCGGAAAUGGAUAAAAGCCCCCCAUCCAUACAAUGACUAUCAUCAGUGCAGGUAAUAAAAAGUUUUUAAAUUUAAAUUUUAUCAUCUACAAUACUGUCUUAUUUAUUUUAUAGUACAGUACAUUGAUUAUUGCUUUCAUUUUAUGGAUCAGUGGUCUCGUUAGAUAGUAAAAUUCAUGUUAAAUUGCUGUUUUAGGGGUUGUCUUUAAAAGUCUGGAACAGAUUAAUCCAUUUUGCAUUACUUUCUAUGGGAAAGUCCGCCUUGGUUUUGGAAUGCUUUGGUUUUGGAACGGACUUCUGGAAUGGAUUAAGUUUGAGAACCAAGGUACCACUGUAACAAUUUUGCAAGAACUGUGCUCUCUCACUUUUAUGCUAAAGGUCCUGCUAAGGAUCCACGAAGCCAAGAAACUGUAUAGCAGUAUUGAAGGCAGGAGCAGUAUAUACUGCAUCUGCUAACCACCCAUGAAACAUCUAUUAUCAUGUCAGGAACAGCUCAAGUGCUUGUCCUUGUCCUCUCCUCUCAGAUCUCACCAAGCUGGCCACAACCCCAUGUGGGAUUCACUAAUUUACUCAAGAUCACAAAUAGAAGACAACAGUUCCCUGUUUCUUGUAGAAGAAAUGUAACUUUUUACCAUCUGAUUUUCUGCUGCAUAUGCUGUAUUAGUUCAAUAGGUAGAAGGGCUGAGAACUUUGAGUAGUGAAGGUUUUGAUGCUUGUUGUAUGGAUUUUGUUAAUGGUUAGUCUGGGCUCCUUCACUCUGGGCUCUUGUGUGUUCUCACUUGCUGCCUGAAUAAAGCAUGUUUUUCUUAUUUCUGGGGACAAUUCCCUCUGCCUGGAACUGUUUGCCUAAUUAUACCUAUGGCAGCUCUUCCCACCUCUUCCAUUGCUACUUGGAAAACAUCUGCUUUCUAGUUGCUUUUUCUAUUCUCCACUUAUCUUUCUGCUUUUUUUCAUUGUGAGCUAUGCUUUUUAUCAGUGAACUGAGGAAAUAAUGAAUCACCUAUCUGAAGGUCAAAUAUUAACCAUUAUGGAUAAUAUCCAUCAUUGUGGGUGUGUGUACAUGCUUGUACAAGGGCUAUGUCCCUCCUUCAAAGCUCCCAGUAACCCCCCCCAUCAAUUCCAGAGAGUCAGGGGGACUUAACAUUGUGCAAUGACAGUUGUUUGGGAUUGCAAGGGGAGAAGGAUCACUUGAAAUAGGGUGGCAGAAGGAGAAGAAGAAGAAGAAGAAGAAGAAGAAGAAGAAGAGUAGUUUUGGAUUUGAUAUCCUGCUUUAUCACUACCCUAAGGAGUCUCAAAGUGGCUCACAUUCUCCUUUCCCUUCCUCCCCCACAACAAACACUCUGUGAGGUGAGUGUGGCUGAGAGACUUCAGAGAAGUGUGACUAGCCCAAGGUCACCCAGCAGCUGCAUGUGGAGGAGCGGGAAAGCGAACCCGGUUCACCAGAUUAUGAGACUACCGCUCUUAACCACUACACCACACUGGCUCUCAGAAAAACUCUCAACCUGAUUUUGAGAGUCCUUCUCCUACAAUCCAAUGCAAUGCUUUAUUAGUUUUCAGGAAAAAUGAUCACCCAUACAAGCAAAAGAGGAAUACAUAACUCUAGCAGUAAAUAAACCCUGGGUUGUACUUCAUUCUCUCAAUUAGUGUUAAUGCAUAUCUGGAGGUCACCAGUCAGGUUCUUUGUAUCUGUAUAAUUGAGAAAACUGACCCAAAGAGCACAAAGGUGGUCUGCUGUAAUUACUCCAAUGAACUUGAGGGUCAAUUUUUCCAUUAAGGCCAAGUUUCAAACUUACUGGUGCCAGCCUAGCAUUAAACCUGCUUUCAGAAUUGUCCGGUAUGUGGCAGUGGUAAAUUUGGUCCCUGGAAGCAGAAAUGUAAUGAGUUCUUUAUGUAGUAAAUUCAUUGUGGAACCAUUGUAGAUAGAGAGAAGAGCAAGCUUGGGAUCCAGUGGAAUAGUUUGUCCCACAAUGUUGUUAAGUCUCCUAACCCAAUGAAGAUUAUUUUCAGGAGGUACAGAGGCCUUCAAGGGGAGAGGGAAAGGUUGGCUGUGCAAGUUUGUGUUUCACUUGGGCAGUGGGCACCACUGGCUAUCGUCCUCUGCUUUUAUUGUAAGUGAACUUUGCUUAGUUUCAUGAAAUGAAUAUUUAAGGAUAUCCACCAUGUUCUUAGGAAGGGCACUUAAUUUUCAAGUUUCACUCAGUUUUAUGAUGUGUCAGCUAACCUUCUUAAACUAGUGCUGAUAGUCGUGUGAAGAAACAAAUAAUGUAACCAAAUGGGUAGUAAAGAUAAUGGACUGACUUUUUGGCUUCUAAAAUGCAUAACACAGUGUUGCCUUCAGUUGCUUUCUAUUUAGAGUCUUGAAUUUUGGCUGUGCCAUUGGAGCUGUGUCCCUUUUUAAUUACAUUGUACAGGAAGAGACUAAAAAUCCAGUGAAAAGAGCAGUGUCCGCUAGAAAUCGGGUUAACUAAUAUAGCUUUCUUUGGUGGCUGUCCAAGCAUUACAGUAUUUACUAUAUUAGGACUGCUUCUGUUCCAAAUGCUGUUUACUUUUUAGGUUUGGCCAUUAUUGGUUCAGUGGAGUCGGUCACUAGGAGAUGUCAUGUAAACUCGGAGGAGAGUUUCCUGAAAGCAAGCGAAUAAGAUGGUUAUUUUGUAAAACCAGUCUCUGUGAAGUGCAGUAAUCCUAACUGCUGGCAAGUGAUAACUGGUACACUAUUCCCUAGAUACUCAAACAAAUAGGAGUUUCCUUUGUUUUAUUCCCCAGAUGCCUGCCUUGAUUUAAAGGUUCGGGGAAACAGCCAGAUUUAGAAAAAUAAUGUUUUCCCCAUAGCUUUUCUAAUGAUCUUGUGCAAAAAUUUACCCAUCCGUGUCCCUUUUUGAAAGGUAUGCACAUUUAAUACCAGUUGGCAAUCCACCGCUCAUUUACAUCAGCCAGUAAUAGAUUUUUCUGUGUUGUUAUAUUUAUCAAGGCAGCUUACAUGGAUUCCCUGCACUCCUUUUAUCCUCACAACAAUUCUGUUAGGGUAGUUUAUAUUACCUUAUUUUUUUGAAAAUAUUUUAGAUGCGUGCAGAAAACAACAACACGCAGUUCACAUAUGCAUUCAUGAUUAUACAGCAAGCUCUAGAAUGCCUGAGCUUUUAAAAUUUAUCGGUUUAUUUGAUUUGUAUUCCUCCAAGAAACUUGCAAUAUUAUACAUAGUGCCUCUCCCCCUCUAAGCCAAAGGAUAGCGAUUGGCCCAAGGUCACCCAGUGUGCUUCAUGGUUUAGUUAGGGUUUAUCCCCCGUUUCCCCAGUCCUGUGGCCUGCAAGGAGCCAUACUGUGGUGGAUUGUGUUGGGCAACUCCUUGUCAUCUUGUGUUAGAAUUUUGCCCCUGACAUACAUGAUCCUCACACAGAACCUUGGCAUGGUAAACUGCUAAACAGGUGAACCUGAGAUGGCAACUUCAGCUUCACUUUCUCUCCUGGAUUUGCUUUGUUGUCCUUUGGACCCCAGGGUUUCACCAUAACAUUCAAGAUGGCUUUCAACAGAUGCUGAGGUGCUAUUUCAUUAAUCUUAACUUGUCAAGGUUACUGGGCGAUAAAUGCGCACAGAUGGCUCUUGCGAAAUAACCUGGGUUAUAACAAGUUUGUUCUUAUGAGCGUAAAUGCUCCUAUAGAUAGCUGUUAGGUGGAAUAGAAGUGUAAAGGGUGCAAGUGGGUUUCAAUAUGAGCAUGAAGUCUUGAGGGAAAUCUUUCCUGCAAAAUGGGCAAUUUAUCCUUUUCCAUCCUUCCUCUUAGUAUGCCAUUUGUGUUAAUGCAGAAACUGGGCUUCAGUGAAGCCAGAUUUGCAAAUUGAGCUUUCUGUGAGAUGGUCACAUUUCUUUGAAUCUGAAGUAAAACCAAAUUAAAAGAGACGAAAUCUCAAAAUAUAUUAUUGAAUAGUAUUUACUGAGAUGACAGAAGGUAUCAAGGAUGUGCAAAAUGCUGCAAAAUGUCUCAUUUUAGUUCUAACCACAUUGGUUUACAACUGACAAAGUUACGAAAGAGAAGAAAAGUCAACUUCUGGUAGUAUAUGUGUAUUGAUGUCGCCCCUUGGUUCUAAGCUCUCAGUUUUGGCAGGAAAAAACAAAAGCUUUAAUUCAAAUAUGGACAUUACAAACCCAAUGAAAAGCUCAACCUAGAAUACGUUUCACUCUACCCACUUCACCCUAGGCAAAGUGAAUUCAAUCAGAGACUUGGCAAAAUGUUUCUUCAUCAGCUCUAUUCAUUAACACAGAAUAGCAACAUGAGCUAAAAUAUUUGGAAAUACGGAACUUGAGUAAAUGUAUCUGGAUAAUAAUGACAUGGACUGCUCUUUAGAUUGUCCCCUUCACUUUCUCUAGAGAACUAAACAAAUAUGCAAUCAGCUCUGUCCAUGUGGCUUAUUGCAUAUUUCAGAGGAGUCCAUUUCUGUUAGGUGUACGCUUUCUUGCUCAUAAAGGUUUCUCUGAUAAACAUCUGCAUAACUUUGGUUGUUUUGUUGUUGUUGUUGGGGGCCAUGUUCUUUGUGUUUUUAUCUUUGGAAGAGGUAUAGCCGGUGGUCCUGUUUUGGGGGAAGGUAAUGGUGAGCAUCAGCAGUUUUCUGUGAAAUGGGUAUUUUGUGGUAGUCGUGGCAGUUUCUUAUGUUUUCCAAUGUCCUUCCAGGCUGAAAGAGGCUGAGGAUGCCUGUAGUAAUCAAUCCACCAAGUAACUGUGGUUUUGAGAAAAGAGUUGGGAUAAAAUUGCAUCUGUGGUUUCGAAGCCCACAAAAUUUGGCUACUUGUGGACAAUCCCAAAAUGGUGAUCACCAGGAUCCUGCCAUUCCUCUAAAGCAGGCAUGGCCAAACUUGGCCCUCCAGAUGUUUUGGGACUACAAUUCCCAUCAUCCCUGACCACUGGUCCUGUUAGCUAGGGAUGAUGGGAGUUGUAGUCCCAAAACAUCUGGAGGGCCAAGUUUGGCUAUGCCUGCUCUAAAGGAUAUGAAGUUCUUUCCCUUACUCUGGGCUUCAAGUUAUAGGUGCAGUACAAGGUCAAUGAUAGUCUCCUGUUCCCCAAUAAAUCUCUAUAAGCUUUGACCUGAAAAGGGUGGUAGCGAUAGUUGCCACAAUUGUGCUGGGUUUUUGAGGUUGUCUGAAGUGUAGCACCUUUGCUGGAGCUUCUUCUUUUUGUUAUAUAUCCCAGAAAUGCAGAAGAUGAAGAGAAGGCCUGGAGAAGGGAAAUGGGGAUUGUCUCUUUAGCUGUGCUGUGGUAGCCAGUAUUGGCCUAUUGGUGUGAGGACACUUCUGUGGCUGGUUUCCAUGCAGUUCCUUUGAUCAGAGCUAGGUAGUAGCACACAAGCUUCAUCCCUCCUAAUAUCUUUCAGGACAUCAACUGAAGACCUGCUGAGUUCUGUCUCUUUUAUAAUGGUAUUCUUAAGUACUUAGCUGCAUUCCCACAAAUGGCUGAGAGGCACUGUGUGGUCUUGCUGUCCCCUGAGACUUCCAGGUAUCUCCCCACUCCUUCCUCAAGUACUACAUGUGAUUUCUUUUUGUUUACCUUUUUUUUGUUUAAUUUUUUAUUUUACUAAGCCCAAGUUUUCAGGUUAUAUAAGAAGAUCUGCAAGUGUAGGGAAUGAAAUGUUUACAAGGUAUUAAAUGUGCUUUUGCCAAAAUAUGCUGCUGUACAUACCAAUCCUGUACAACUAUAAAGGCUUAAAGUAGAAUGUUGUACUCUUCUGGCUUUAUUUGAAACUUAACUCAGCUCAAAAAUGUGUCUCUUAAAAUCUCAAACCAACAAUUAGCUCACGGUGAUAGCAUCCCUUAGGCUGUCCCUUACUGCCGUUUUUAACAAGACAAUAAUCCUUUUGGUUCUGAAAACUGGUUUUCCCUGUUGAUGCCUUGCACUGCAGUUGUGCAGACGGGCCUGAGUAUACAGUCAGUUGGUAGCUAUUCUUCCACCUUAAGAUGACUGUCCUCACUUGAAUUUAGGGAUUUCAGGAGGCUUCCACAUUGAUAACUGAAGAUGUCCUGGUUUGGAGAGGCUUUCUUCUGCAGAGUCACGCUAAAUGGAAGUCAUUGGAAGAAUGAAGUGAUUCAGAUCCAUUUACGUAACCAGCAAUCUUUGUUGGGGGUGGGGGCAGGAGGAAGGAAUUCUUCCUACUUAUUUCCAAUAGCUUUCAUGAUCUAUUAGAUGAAAGUAUUGUUCUUCUACUCCCCUAUAAAGGGGUGCAAAUCCUAAAGCCUAUUAUUCAUCACCAGGGGUGCCAACUUGAGUGAAAUAUUUUUUUUUUGGGGGGGGGGAGUAAGCCCUGCCCUGCAGAAUCGAUCACAAGACAUGGUGCAUGCACUGGGCAAUCCAGUCAGAUGGACAGGGUACACAUAAUAAAGUUGUUAUUAUUAUUUGAAUGGCAAUGCCCAUCAACUUUGUGGGUGUUCAGCCCCCUCAAAUAUGUUAUGGGGUGUGUGCCAAAGAGACCUUGAUCCCUAGGAUUUGGCUACUAUGUUCCACUUGCUUCUCUGCUUGUCCUCUUCUUUUGUUUCACCAUCCCUUCAUCCGCUUGUUCUUCAUGGUGCAAAGAGAGGCAAGUGACUCAGAGAAAGCGUUCUUCAAUUUUUGCUAGCAGACUAACAAAAACAAUUUUCUUAUUUAUAUGCCACCCAUCUAACUGGGUUUCUCCAGCCACUCUGAGCGGCUCCCACUAGUUAUAAGUGGCUGUUUUAUGCUUUAUUUUCCUGCCACUUAGGGAGAAACAUUUUAGGGUUACUAUUCACUUCAGAUGUUUCACAUGAGUAAUAUUAUGAUUCUACAGACUCAAUUACAUCCUUAAUUUGAACCAUUAAUCUUAAACUCUGUGCCUCCCUUUUAUUUCAGAGGAAAUAAAUACAAGGAAGUAAAACAAGUCUUCAACUGUGUGAUAUCUUUUGUAUAGAUUACUGUAGGUAAUAUUGAUUUUGGGUGAAAAUACAUCUAUUUGUAUUUUCCAUGUGCUUGCUAGGAAGCCGCUAAUGACUUCUUAGGGAAUUCAUCCAAUAAAGUCAAUGUUUCUUAGCUUCUGAAAGGGCACUUUGCUGUUCCCUACUUUGGGUCUCAAGUCUAUCUGUUCCAUAUCUUAGUUAUCUAUGUUUAUUCCAAGACAGAACAGAAGUAUUACUAAUAGACAAAUAGUAUUUCUGAUAUUUCCUGGCAAAUUGUUUUCAGGUUUCUGAUUUCUCUUCUGAUAGAACUCCCCCCACCCCUCUCCUUGUAUUUCUAAUUUGUCUGCAAAACAGGUAGUAAAAUAAGAACAGGAAAAGUCUUUAAAAUGUCAAUGUAGCAAUCGGCUUUCUCUUCCUUGAAAAUGUUUUUUUUACUAUUUCAUGGUUAUGUGUGACACAUGUUUCUUCUGUGUAACUUCUGUUGCUCUUAGACUGAUUUUUAAUUUAAAAAACAUUUGUGUCCUGACUUGCUGUUUGAAAAAUAUGCAAACUUUCCCUCAAGUUACUUGCCCAAGUGGCAAGAACUGUGGAAAGUCCAGAUCAUCAAUAAGCUUUGUGGACUGAAAUCAGUACUUCCAGUAAGUUAAAAUGUGUCAUUAAAGUGGGGAACACAAAGUUCAGGUUUGGACACAAUGCCUAUCCAUUGGUUUCUAUUUUGAACAGUAAGGUCCUACUCAUGCUCAUGUUUCAUAGCAUUCCAUUUAGUAUUAAAAUGCCCUUUCUGGAGUGUCCACCAUUCUCAAGUGUGUUUGCCAUGCCUUUUUGUGCACCAAGUUCCCUGCCCUACCCUUAGGCCAGUGCUGGGUAAUGCUGUUGAUUUACAAACUUUAUUCAGGUUGUUGAGCUCUAUUGGCUAGCUGUCUUCUUAAAGCUGUUUGAAUUAUUGGUAACAAAUCAGUGACGAAAUAAUUGUCCUACAUUUGCAACAAGGGUAGAGUGCAAUGCACUUUGGCCUAGCUGCUCCUGUGCCAUAAAAAUUAAUAUACCUACCUGCUUGCCUUCUGAGGAGGCUCACAUCCUCAAAGCGGCCUGCAUGCUACAUAAAACAGUAAGCAGCAAGUAGGGGGUGUUGCUUAUCCCUCAAAAUGAAACCGAGAGAAUUAAAAAGGACAUGGAAGGCAUGCAGUUAACAAGUCACCUGCCUGCUGAUGCUUUUAGUGUGCAUGCACUUUCAGAGAUGGUGUGGGACUGGAUUACAAGAAAUUGGCUCAUCCUAGGUCUCUGUGUUAAGGGGGCUUAGCAGUGCUUUUUUCCUGGAAAAAAAGGGGGAAGAACUCACCACAAAGUUUGUUUGUUCAUUGCUGGCCCAGUCACAGCACCAUCCCACCCUGGGCAGUGGCUAAAUGUAAUAUAUAAUUGAUAAAAUCAAACAGACAAUGAUCUGGAUUAGAGAUGGCCACAACAGAUACAGAUGGAUUUUUGGCUCAGGCAUUGGGUGUAUAUCCAUUCCAGGCUCCCCAGACAAUUCUUUUUAUUUAAUUAAAAAAGGGUAAGUUCUCCCGAGUUCCUGCUAACCCCCCCCCCAAAAAAAAUACUGGGGCAUAGUAUGCUGCAGCAAGCAUGUGGCACUUCAAAAACUAGCUAGUUAAGACUCACAGAACUUGGAACACACAACUAGGACUCUAAGCUGCUGAAUGCUGCUGUUUCAGUCACUUCAUCAAGAGCUUGCUGCAUGCCUUAGGCUGAAAAAUACAUGACUGAUGUUUUGGUGGACCCUGGUCAAGUCUCAGACAGCUCUUCACUGGAAGAAGAAGAAGAAGAAGAAGAAGAAGAAGAAGAGGAGUUUGGAUUUGAUAUCCCGCCUUUCACUCCCUUUAAGGAGUCUCAAAGCGACUAAACAUUCUCCUUUCCCUUUCUCCCCCACAACAAACACUCUGUGAGGUGAGUGGGGCUGAGAGACUUCAGAGAAGUGUGACUGGCCCAAGGUCACCCAGCAGCUGCAUGUGGAGGAGCGGAGACGCGAACCCGGUUCCCCAGAUUACGAGACUACCGCUCUUAACCACUACACCACACUGGCUCCCUGGAAGACUCACUGGAAGACUUAGGCCACCUAAAGCAUGAGACCCUGCAGAGCACACAGAGCCCUCCAAAUCUGACCUUAGAGCCCAGAGGGAGAACUCAUAACAAUGGUCUCCAGAGGUUGGCCUGGAACAAGCCUUGAGGUGACUCCCCAGUUCACAUGUAGCAGAGGAACUGCCCUCCAAGUCAGAGAAGGAAGCUGAACUGCUUCCCAGCCUCAGAAAGUUCUAGAGUCCAGGCCAGGAUGGCUGUGAGUGAAGGAACACACGCUUGAGAACCCAAAGUAAUAGAGCUAUUCAUGAGUACAAGACACCUUGAGAGUAGGAGGAUUAAGCACUCAAAUCUGCAGAACAGACUAUGUGAGACCUUAGUUGAGGUCUGGUAGCUGCUGGAACAACACGUCUUUCAGCCCCCAGACUCUUAUGAAACACCUUUACCUGUUGACCUCCUGUUGUACCACCUUUACCAUUGACCUCCCAUGCUGCCAAUCUCUGGAUGUCUACUUAAAAACCCUGCCUCUUGCACUAUGCUUCCUUCUGGACUGCUUUUUUGACCUCAGCUACACCUAGACCAGGCUACCUAAGUAAUAUUCACAAUAACAUAUAAUCUGCUUCAUAAUGGUGUGCAUUUUAAUAGGUUUAAAUGAAGAAAUGAACUGAUUGUGGCAAAGAAUUGAAUUAGAAAUCUGUGGAAAUGAAUACAGCAGACCUUAAAAAUGCUCUUCUCUUUUAAAAACAAAAAGAAACUGGUGAAAUUUAUAUUCAAGUGCUAGGUACUGCAUUUGAGAGGACUGGAUCAUUCUUGGACUGCAAUUGAAGACCAUUUUACACACUGAAGCUUUAUUUUAAAUAGACCAUGUCUUUAUUUGUCUAAUGAAACAUAUUAAUGGCUAUAAAACUACUGAAGCUGUUUAACUAGCAGUUGUUGUUUUUUUAAAAAAAAUCAGAAUAAUUAUUUUACUUAAUAGUUCUGGUGAAUCAGUGUCUUAAAACAGGCAACUAAAAAAAUCUGAGAUACAUUAUUUAUACAUUUCUGUUCACUAAAAUAUGUAGUGGUAUUGGGGAAUAGAUUCCACUUGGUGGGUAGAGGUUUCUGGCCAAUUUACCAUUCCCUUUUACUUUUUAGGAGUUUCCCAAUAGCUUUUCUUCCACCUUCUGUGAAUUCUACAAGCAUUGCCUGACAUAAGAGUCUGAUAAUAUUUCUUUUUGAUUUAAAGGAAGAACAGUAUCAUUCAAAACCAUCGCUGCAUCCUACUGUUGCCUGAAAAUAAUUCAUAUCUCCAACUCAGUCUGAUGUCUAUGAAACACCUGCCACCAGAUUUGUGUCUCAUGGCACAUUGUCUGAAUGUGAAUGACUCUGCACACAAUAUACAGGGUGUGUGUUUUUUGCUUUGUGAAGGCAAGCUGCAUUUGUUCCCCAAAGUGAUUCUUUAAGCUAUUUGUCAUGGCUAAUAGAUUUAAAAGCUGCUUUCAGGCAACCUGUUAGGAUCUUGCAGAUGGAGAACUGAAGCAGAGAGCAAAUGAGCUGUUGACCAAGUUUAUAUAUGAACUAGGGCUGAAUUUAAUGGCUGCCCAUUUUCAUUGACACCCCCUUCCCGUUCACAAAUUGGACUAGCUGGUUCUGAACCCCUUGCAGUUUGAGGGAUAAAGUUUAUGUUUGCCAAAGUGGCGGCUGCUACUUGCUAUGCAUCCCGACCUACCCCCAUAACAAUUUAAAAUGACUUUGUUUUGCCUGCAACAGCAGAAUGGAGCUCUGGCCACCUUUACCAUAUUUCCUCCCCUAAUUCCCAAAGGAUUUUGGAGAGAAAGCCGCAGCUACCAUCCUGGUAGGCAUCCCAUCCUACACAAAUGGUGCAAACUGUUGUUAAAUCCCCUCCCCCAAAGUGAACCAGGAGUUUGCUGCCACUGUAAUUUGAGCCCAGAUGUUUGAAAUCACAUGCAGUUUUGUUUCCCACUAAAUAUCUCUGUACUGGAACACAUUUGCUAUACUUUUGCUACAUUUACCUAAACUUCCCACCUUCUCUCUUCUGCACUUUCCCAUCGUGGUUGAGAUUAGCUAAUGUGGUUUGAAAUAUGCAUGUAUUCUACCAAUCUUUUGGCCUUGUGACUGAGGCAAUACGGCUCCGAAUCAGUGUUAGAAACUGGGAUAGAAAAGCCAGGAGCCAAAUGGCUCCUGCGACCUGGGUUGUGGGUGCCAAAACACAAUGUCUAGUCGCCAUUGGGGGGGGUGAUCGGCAACACUUUUUAUUUAUUCUUUCAAUAAGCAUGAACUAAUACACAGUUCGCAUAGGUGACACAUUGUUAAUACCACAUUUUUAACAGAAAUUGUUAAUACAUGUUUAAUUUGGUGUUUACAAUAAAAACAUUGGUACCGUACUUCAGUUUUCGAAACACUCUACUCUUUAUUCUGAAACUCCUUAAUGUAUACUUCAAGGCACAAAGGAAAUGCAUAUCAGUAAUCCUUGAGUGUCAGCCAGGUGCAGAAAAUGGUGCCCAGACUUUUUGAGGAGUCUGGAGAAUCUUCAGGUGCGAAAUAUGCCUGGCGCCCUGCUAAUUUCGAACCCUGCUCCUAAUAUGUUAACGUUUUUUGUAUGGUGGUGGUGGUUUCUUCUUUUGUGGCAUGGGGUAGUCUUGAAUAUUUUUCUGAAAAGUGGGGUAUAUAUAUAUAUAUAUAUAUAUAAAAGUCAAAUCAUGCAUGGGCAUAGCCAUGGCAGGCAUGGGGGCAGCUGCCUCCUCCCCAGAUCAAGUAAAUAAAUAAAAACACUUAACUAGCUGACCAUGUGCAUCGCAGAUAGCUUGGUUCUGCCCCCCCCCCCAACACAAAUUCUCGAGAGGCGAAACAGAAUGUGCCAUCCUGCCCAGGCCCUAUUACACUUUCUCUAAUCUGUUAUUAAAUAUAUAUUCUACGGCAAGGCAGCAGGAUCACUAUACAGUGGUACCUCAGGUUAAGAACUUAAUUUGUUCUGGAGGUUUGUUCUUAACCUGAAACUGUUCUUAACCUGAAGCACCACUUUAGCUAAUGGGGCCUCCCGCUGCUGCUGCUGCUGCGCCGCCUCUGCACGAUUUCUGUUCUCAUCCUGAAGCAAAGUUCUUAACCCGAGGUAAUAUUUCUGGGUUAGCGGAGUCUGUAACAUGAAGCGUAUGUAACCAUUGAAGCGAGGUACCAUUGUAUUAAAAGGACAUCUGAAUGCUUGCUAUGCGUAGAGGGGUGCAUGUGCUUUAAACAGAGACAGUGUACAUAAAAUGCUCCAAUGGUACAUUGUAGUGAAUCCAGAAAUGUCCACAGAAGAUAUCUAAAUGCGAAGAAGGUCAGCUCUCUGAAGAUAUCUCUUUACACCAGGAAACCCACAUUCAGCUGCCAAGCGUUCAGUUUGGUGAACGGUUUCUUUAAUAUAAGAAAUGUCAGGGGAGAGCUGUGCACAUGACUUUGCUGGAAAUGCUCCAAGCCUCUCAAUACUGAAAAGGACUGCAGAACUGCCUUAUGUUUCUAGGGCAGAGUGUGGGAGUUCCCUGCACCAAAAAGGUAGUUCCCAGGCAUCCUGGGGAGAGGACGGAAGGAAAACAAUAUUUUAAAAUAAUGGUGUGCGGUGCACAUUCUGACUCGCAUUAAGCAUUGCUGAAAUAUGCGCCGAGGGAGGAGUUCUGUGAGUCAGGGGAGUGGGGAUUCCAGCCGCUGCCGUGCUCCCCCCCCCCCCGCUUUGCCUGCUUAGUAUGCAGAGGGAAGUGUUUCCAUCCAGCACAGAGUAUCUCCCCGUCUCUCAUACAUCACACACUCAGCAAAGCAAGCAGCAGUGGAUGCGGAGAACCCUGGCAGUACAACUGCUAGUGCUUUGCUCAUAACCUUGGUGCUCCUCCUGCAAGGUUACCGGCUGUAUUGAAUGAAAGCUACAACUUUAUUUCCAUUAUGAGAUCCCUUAUCAUCAUCAUCAUUAUUUUUGCCUUCAAGUUUGUCAUCCUUUCUAUAAAAGGAGAUAGUUUAUUAAGAGUAACAGUAAAAUAUACAUGUGGUAUGCAGGCAAAAUAUCAGAUCUGAUAGAGGCUUCCUGCUACUGGUUAAUUUCUUUCCUUUUUUAAAAAAACAACCCCCAAGAUAUUAGAGUCAUAAGAGGCUGCUGCUAUGUAAUAUAUUAUAGAAAUAGAUUUUUAAAAGCUCACUCACAAUUUGAAUAUGAAAUGGGGUCCACGAUGUACAUUAGUUUAUUGGGAAGUUCAUUACCAGCGUUUUUUAUUGACACUAUUGUUGCAGAGAUAUUCUCCCAAUUAUAUUUGGAAGGCUAUUUUAUUAUUCUUAUAAAUGUGCUGUUUUGCCCGACCUUGCAUGUUUAUUCUGGUCCAGAAAUAUAUCUUCUCAUCUUUCAAAACAGCCCCUAUUGGGGCUUGUUGCCUUGUACACACGAUUUUAAGCUAGAAGUAGGCAACAGAAAAGUCAUGGUUUGUAUCUAGUCUACCAAAACAUUUUCAUGGUAAUGAACCUUGCUUUAUUUGUUCAAGCAGUUCCUAAACUAGUUCAGCAAUUCAGUUCAAACUAGUUGAACUGACCAGAGUCCCAUUGAAGCAAUAUCUUGUGUUUAGAUGAUACCAAAUUCUAAAUUGUUCUCUAAAUAAAUUGGUGCUUCAGAACAAAUUUAGUAAUGUGAAUCUAAGUGGACCAGAUUGACCUGACACUCUAGAAAAGAUAUGGGAAAAUGAACUCUUAAGUUUCAGAAAUCCCUUAAUAAAUGUGGGUGUUUGCAGGAAAACUGUCUAUUUCCUUCAUAUCAGCUAAAGCUAAACAGUGGGAUUUAUACGAGAUAAGCCCCCUGAAAACAGGAGAGAGAGAGAGGGAGAGAGAGAGAGAGAAGCCUCCUGAAAACUAUAUUUUCCUCAUGGGACUAAGUUUGGAGAAGAGAUUAUCGAUCUUUUCUCAUGCUGGACAGCGACAUUUCAUUGCUUCCUGCAAGUUCCUGCAUGAAAUGAAACUGGUGACUUCCACUCUCUCACAAACAUGCAGUUUUGCUUGCUUAGUCACCUGAAUAUCAAACGUCAUCUGAGAACUAAAAUCAAAUUUCCUCAGCUGUAACUAAUGCUAUUCCAACUUGUCAAGCUCAGAAACCAAAUCUGAUGGCACAUACAUCUCCUUCCCUCCCCAUUUUAAGGAAACAUUUAAGAAUAAUAACUUCCGUUUCUUAAAUAUUUGUCACAUGUUGUUUACAUUUCCUAACUCCUAUACUUAGCGUCAUUAGAGUAAACCUGUUCAUCUUUUCUGUUUGCUGUUCGGGAGAUAGAAUAAUACCCAUCCAGCGUUUUGCUACUCAGUUGUUUAAGAGAUAAUUUGAUGUGUCUCACCAUCCUCCUCUUUUCGAAGUGCUCCGAGGCAGAAAUGAGUAAUAGUCUCAAAUUAUUAUAGGAAUAACAACACAGAAGAUUUUAUCCCUUCUUAAAGGCCUUGCUGGUAAGGCUGCAAAUUAGCAUUCUGCUGCCUACAAGUUUAGAUCUAUAGAUCACGAGCAUUUCUGCGACUCAUCUUAGAAUGGAAUUGCUCAUUCCUAGCAAGCCAUUAGGUAUAUUACUUUGGCUACAGUAGGCAGACGUGGCUCCUUUGUUCCAGGUGCAGGUUCCAAUAGGCUUCUCUUCCUUUAGGAUGGAGAGCUGCUGAAGCAUGAAGCUUCUGCUUUUAUCUGCAGUUCUGUCACAUUACCCUUCCUUCUUCAGAAAAAAAUAAAACUUGCCUUUUCUUAAAGCUGUAGUGAGAGACUCUGUGUAACCAUCCGUCAUGCUCUGGUGCCCUAGUGGGUAUGGCUGCUGCAGCGUCAAAGGUAGUGUUCAAAUGGAUUAGGACUGUGCAAGAUGAGGAGGCCGGGCAUUCACUCGAAAUCUAUGCUUCAUCCCUCUUUGGUCCAUUCUCUCUUGACCGAGUGUAUUUAAAGAAUAAACCUAUUUAGAAAAUGAUGUGUAUGCUGCAGUCUGCCGAGACAGGCUUUCAACAAAAAGUUUACAGCCAGCAGCAUCACUAGACCCUGUUAAAUAAAGCAAUUACUAUGGAUUUGCUUUUGUUGUGGUGUUGAGAGUAAAUAGGUGUGCAUUUUGCUAGGUCUGGUGUGUUUGAGUAGGUGUCCGCAUGCUGAUGUGCUUUUGCAACUUGAUCAGCGGGAGUUACUAUAAUGAAAGAAUCCAGUUAGCAGGUGGGAAAAAAUAGCAGUGUUCCUUUUAAAGUUGCUAAGCCAUUCAUGUAUUCCUAGAUGUGAAAGUAUGCAAUUCUGCAGUUUGUUCCUCUGGAAGCUGGUACAUUAGCACACGGCUGCAAGUAAGACUAGCAGGCGUAAGUGAUUUGAUAAAUUAUGCACAAGUAGCAAGAAUUGUGGCAUUUGCAGAGCUUCUCCAUCACCCCUUUCCCCAAGCACAGAAAGGGCAUUUGAAUGAAAGCAAGGAGUAGAUGCAUUUGCAGCUGGCAUGGAACAUAAUUUCUUUUAGGACUUGGUCUGGUCUGGAUAAAAGUAAUAGCUUACAUUGAGAACUUGGGAGUCCUGCAAAUAUUAGGAAGUGAUAGGCCACAGUGAUAGAUCUGGAUGUUGUAAGAGUGAGAGAGGUCAACAUCUUUCAGCUGAAAGUGGGGAAGUGGAGGCAGGAAACUGCAAGCUAAGUGUCAACAAGUAAACUGUGACAAGCUUACCCUGCCAGAUAAAAUCUUGGUUUAGGGCAACCAGCAAAAAGUCAUUCAUUUUCCCAGGUUAUGUUCUCCAUGCAGAAGAAAAACUGAAAUCUAGCCUGGAUAAAUGAUCAGAUUUGCCUGUCUGCAAAUUUUGCAUAAUUCUGCUCAUCAUAGAGGAGGGUAAAGAAACUGUGCAAGGUGUUAAAUCUCUGCCCCCUGGUGAGUGAAAAAACUGCUGAGUCUCCAUUUAGUUUAAAAGAUCUCACCAGAGAUUGACUGAGAACUUCAAUUUUGGUAUAAGGGCUAAAAGCUUGCUUUCAAACCAAAAGGUUGCAUUUGGUAAAAGUGCAAUUAUUCUGAGGUUAUGAGCUGGUUUAUGAGACCUCCUUUUUCUGUAUUUACUACAAAACUAUCUACAACAAUUAACACUCCAUUUCAGUAAUGAUCCUUCUGACACUGGCAGCUACCAGAUUCUACUGAUCUGUUAAAACUGCUUCCUUCUUUAUAAGUGUUCUGCUGCUCUUUUCUGUUUCCUUUUCCUCCUGUGGUACAUCUGCCCAAGUGCUGCAUUUAAAACUGCUCAGAUUUCAUGUGGCUCUCAAAUCACAGUUCAGCUGAUGUGUGUGCACACUUCUUGACUUUUGGGUGUAUUAUAGCAGUGAAGAAAGUCUGCCUUUAAUUGUUCUUUUGCAUGUCAUAUACUGUGCAAACACAAUCCAGUUUGGAAAUGGCAAGUUCUAUAAAGGAGGAGAGGAGACAAACUUUUACAAAUAGUAUGUGUCGUCUUACUGGCUUCAUUGUGAAUUGAUAAAAUAUUGCAACCCUAAUCAGAGUACCAUUUUCACCCUUUCAACAACUUGUAAAGUUGGUCAUUUCAAUAGUGUGCCCACUGAAUGGGACUAUGCGUUGCUUUUCUCAAAGACACAUUGUGAGCAGCAGUUGACACUGUCUGCGAUACGUUUCUGGAGCCUGUUGUUUGGUGGGCAUAAUUAGUGACUGUCUGAUAAUGUCUGUGUAAAACCACCUUUAAUGAAAUUUAAAACAAAUGUGGACAUUCUCUACCAUCAGCGAAGGCAAUAUAUUUUAAGUAACGUUUAUGUUGCUUUUCGAACUCAAAAGUGGCUCACAAUCAGACUGCAACAGAACCCUAUUUCAUGGAAUGAGAUGUUCACGGCCAUCAGUAUAGAACGGUGUCCUAGCAUAUGACAGGACUUGAAAUACAUGCCUUCCUGGAUAACCUUAUCCUGCUGUUCCUUGAAUACAUCCCAGAGAAAGCACUUCUUAGUACUUCAUUGGGUAAUUUCUCACUGUAAAGCAGCGGACGUGAUGGAUGGAGUGUUACAGUCAACACAGCAAAUGCACUGGCAGAUAGCCACUGGAGCAAACAGUUCAGGAGCUAUGCUAGUGUAGUGCCAAAAAAAUCUUUAUCUUUCAAAUUGCUCCCCCAGCAGGGAGGUGAAGUGUUUAAAGCUUUAGACUUCCUUUUGGAUGGAAAGUUCAGGGCGAUAGGUUGGGUUACGUUUCAUCAGAUGCAGGGGCUAUACAAAACAGUAUUAGUGCUUCUGGAGACUCCGUUCCCGAAUUACUAAAUGUGUAACGUACCUUGUUUGUGGCAUGCAUGUAGUACGAGUGAACUUGGGUUGCAAGCAAUUUGCCCUCCUCACAAGAUGCAGUUAAAAACUGACGACCUGCAAGUCCACAUGACCCUGAGAGACCCUUAAUUGCUAAUCCUGUGUGGUCUCACUCACUGCUCUGUAGCCUUAACUCAUAUGCAGUGUACUGAAGACCCAGUAGCUCAGAGGCGAGAUGCAAAAGAUAGGUCAGCUGUGUGUGCGCUGUAUCGGGCUUCCAGAAGAGUAAAGCAGUAUGAGGGAGCUACAUUGCUUCCUUACUUUUCCCAAGUCUAUGUGAAGAAGUGGGGGGAAGCUUUUCUUCUUGCUAAGAUUCUGGAACUAAAGGAAGUGCUCAUGAUCUUAUCUCACUCCAUGCUGAGCUUUUGUAAGAAGCCCAAAGCAACAUGAAUGUCUCUUGCUGCACCUGCCUUCAACAAAGACCUGAAAGUUAGGGGCAGUCUUUCCUCCCCACAUUCCAAGCCCUGCAUUCUCUGCAGUUAGAGGUGUUUGGCAAGAUAACAUUUUUUUCAGCGCAGUCCUGUCCCACUGUUCUUUAUAAGUACACCUUGUGUGAAAGGAAUUGAGGCCUGGAGAUUGAGCUUUGGAUAUAGCCUUGAGGCUUUUCUUCAUUGGCUUGUAAGAGGUCUGUACUAUCCCAGGCUAGUGUUUUUAAAGCUUGGAAGCUACUUGGGGUGCUCACCUCUUCAUUUUCAACUCAACACUUGACCUAGCAUAUGUUUUCUGUACUUAUAAUUAAUGCCACUAUUUUGCCAUUUUGGUAAAUAAUCCAUUUAAAUUGCACUAAGACAUGUUUGAAGCAGAAAGCAUCGUGGGGGGAACAUGGUGCUUUUCUAAAAGCAGCUUUUGCACAAUUAUUUUACACUGCAGAUAGUUUUGUUGUUUUUUUAAAAAAACCAACGCUGCAGCUUUUAAGGGGCAACAUUCACCCGUUUCUGUAUUUGCAGAUUAUUACCUAGAGCUCUCUGAAUAAGGUCACAGCUUUGUAGUUUGUUAAAAUGGAAGCUUUAUGAAUGAAAUCUGAGGAAUGAGUCAUGCCUUGAAAGAGACUUCGCUAGUAAUUGGAAUGCAAGCCCACUCACCCUGUGUUUGUGUUGCUUAUUUUUGUCAUUGCUGCGGCGGAGGUGGUGUGGGCACCAGACUGAAUACAAACCUCCCAUUGAACCUGUUUUUCUCGCAAGAUAGAAAUCGUACAAGUCUAAGCAUUAAUGGGAUUCCUGACUGCUUGCUUAUUUAUAGUGCUCCAUCCAAGUCCUGUUACUCAAUAGUUGCAGAUUAUUCACUCAUCAAUCUCUUUUUCAAAAGAGCAGUUGGAAUAGUUGUGACAUAAGCUGUCCUGCUCUGCUUCUUCCUAUUUUCCAACACAUCUUCCUGCAUCCUGCAGGUGUCUUUGUUGUGCAAUUGGUUAGUGUAUUUUUUAGCUACUAGUCAGAAGGUUGAUGGUUCAAGUCCACCUUGGCCGUGGUUUUCUUUCAUUUCAUUCUGUUACCCAUUAUAAUGAUCCCUCAUUUUAUGUGGUUAGACUUUGUGGGGGAGGGAAGGAGUACAGCUUCAUCAUACAUGUGGCCAACUAGGCAAGGAGAUGGAGCAAUUAGGCACUAAGAAAUAAAAGCACUGCAAGUUCAGCAAUUUAAAGUGCCUGAUUCUCCCCACCUCCUGUCACUUGCAUUAUUCGUGUGCUGGAGGCAAAUUACUCCUCUAUGAAGCCCCAACUGCCCAAGAAGCAGAGCAAGCCACCAUGGUACUGAUGGCUCCUUCACCUUUUCAAAGCAGAUCCUCAAGAAGCAGUCCUUGAUUUUGCUUUUUCAAGAAUCUUGCCACAACCACCUCCACCCCUUUUCUUUCUCGUCUGUAUCUUCCUUCUGCUCUAGGCACUUGAAGGGUGUCCAUUUUGCGCAAGAGGGCUCUUGUUUUGCCUCAGUUGCUUUUCACUCAGGUCAAGCAGACUAUAUAUAAAAAACACACAUAUAAAAAAAGUUCUGAAAAUGCUUUGUUUUAAAAAGUGUUUUAAAAAAUACAUUGAAUUUUCUAUAAGGCUCACUGUUGCCAUCUAGUUUCACAUUGUAUAUUGCACUUAAAACACACUUAAAACCUUUUAUUUGCAGCUGUAUAGCUGAGUCCUAAGAAUGUAAUCUUAGCCAUAACUGCAUUGCCAUUUGAUUCCGUGGGACUUAUUCCCAGGUAAAUAGACAGCAUUCAUGGCCCUGUGAAGUGUUGAAUUCAGUAUUCGCGCUUAGAUAUAACUGUAAAGUUUUCAUUGGCAUUUUAUGUGAUUUGAGCUUCAAUAUUAUAUAUAUACACACACACACACAGAGAGCGUUCAAAUGCACCACUUACACUGUACUUUAAAAGCAUCUAUUCACCAGCAGAAAAACCCCCAAAACAUCUGGUAGAGUGUUUGUUUUGGAAAAUGCAGCUGGCUAGAUGAAGAUAGACUCAACACUUUUAUAACAUGGCACACUUAAAUAUUUAUUAACUUUCCAAUAUCUGCUGGACACAUUUUGUUUCUAAACUGGCUGUAAGUGAUGGCUACUAUUUUGGUACCCUGUUUCUGAUGAAUUUUUUACAAUAAUACACAUGUCAUGCAACAACAGUACUCGUUUUAAACAGAAGAGUUAAGUGCAAGCUGCAGAACAGUAUAGUGCAGUCUUUAUGCUAUGCUGGUCAGCCACUGGUUUCUUUUCACGAAGCAAAACCUGUUCCAUUUGCAGAUAAGGUGUAUGGUAUUAAGGGGCUGGCACAAAUGUUCCUAGUGUUGCAGAGCGGGGAGUUAACUUUUAAUGAAAGGAGUUCUUACAUUGGCAGCCAUUACUUCACUAAUGCCCAAAUCUUUGUUGUUUAGUUGUUGCGUCACCUACGCUGCCUGUAGAAAGCAAUGAUUGGAAAUCAUUACUUUUAAGAAGUGUGAUUGAAGUCUAGAAGAACCAGCUGUUAGAAGGGUUUGCACCCAUUGGUUUGCCUGCAGUAGUAUAUUCCUGGACAGAGAGAGCCUGGCCCCAGUGACCCAUGCACUGAUAACCUCUCAGUUGGCUAAGCCAACUUGGCUAACUGUAUUGUGUACAGUGUGGAGCUGCGUCUGAAGGUGGUAUGGAAGCUUUUGUUAGUGCAGAAUGCUGUAGCUAAAGUGGCUCAGCACUGACUACCAAUAUAUCCCCCUUUAUCAGCCUGCCUGUAUGCUAAGAUCAACAGCAGAGACCUUUCUUGGUUCCCCACCAUUAUUGUGAGAUACAUUAUGCGUAGAGUUGUCAUAUUUCUGAAGUUCUUGAGCUUUUUUCCCAUGAAUUUGUUGAGCUUUUUUCAGUUUUGCAGAAAGUUGUUGACCUCUUUUUGCAGAAUCUCAAAAAAUAAUAUAAGUUUAACGGAAUUCACCAAAAUCUACACUUCUGACCAUGGGUUGCCAUGCGUCGGGAUUUUCCCGGACAUUCUAGCGAUUUUCGCCCAGACCCUAUUUCCAAAAACUGAAUCCUGGCUAUGAUCAGGAAAUUCCAGAGAUUUGCCAACCCUAACUAUGUCGUGACUUGGAAGAGGCUUUCAUUGCAGUGCUGCCCUGUUUGGAAUUUCCUUCUUCUCAAGAUAUGGCUGGUGCCAUCCCUUCUUGUGUUUUCUUGUUAGCUGAAGCCAAAGAUGUCUGCUCAAUAGUUUGCAGGAUGUUUUUCCUGUAUCUACUGAUGGUGUCACUAUAACUGCUCUUGUUUUGUGGUGGUAUUGUUCUGAUUGGUCCUAUUGUGAAUUUAUUGUUCCCAUCUUAGUAUCGUUUAUGAUGAAGGGCGAGCAAGAAAUAUGUUAAAGUAAGUUGAAUUUCAACUCCAUAGCUUGGUUUAGAAACCUAAAGAGUUCUGUAACUAUUUACAGUGGUACCUUGGGUUACAGAUACUUCAGGUUACAGAUGCUUCAGGUUACAGACGCUUCAGGUUACAGACUCCGCUAACCCAGAAAUAGUACCUCAGGUUAAGAACUUUUCUUCAGGAUGAGAACAGAAAUCGUGCGGCGGCAGCAGGGGGCCCCAUUAGCUAAAGUGGUACCUCAGGUUAAGAACAGUUUCAGGUUAAGAACGGACCUCCAGAACGAAUUAAGUUCUUAACCUUAGGUACCACUGUAUUUCUUAACACUGGUUGAUAAAACGUUUCCUAGUUUCUAUAAUGGUGCAUUGAAGGGUUGAGAAUGUCUUUUCCUGCGCAUUUAUAAUCUCAGAAUAUGGUGCAUACAGGGUGCAAUCUCACACCUGCCCAAGGUGAGAUCUGAAGGCAAUCAUCUUCUUGAAGCAAAGAGGGUCUAGGUCUGAUCAGGGACACCAGCUGGGAACCAGAUACGUACCACCUCUGGUUCCAUGAUGGCAGAAAGAUGGGGUGUAAAUUUAAGAUAAAAGUCCUCUCUUACCUCCUGAACAACACAUAUGUAUAUGACAUUUCCAAAGCUUUGAAUCCUCCUGCACCCUCAUCCUCCCAAAAGGGAUGGAAAAACUGCAUGUAUCAACAGCAUUUUGUGUAUAUCCAGUUCAUAUAGUGGCCUUAUUUCAAUUAUGCCAUGUGCACAUGUGAAAUGGUCAGAUUUCCAUACUAGCUGACACUCAGCUGUGCAAUGGAUUUCUUGCAAAAAUUAUGUUGUGGGAGCUUUGGAAGGUGAAAUGAUCUGUCUGUCUCUCAUUUGAAAAGGAAACUGUCAGAAUGUAAACUAUUUAAUGCUCGCUGUUGGUUUAUGUGAUAAUUUAAAGAAUCAUAGGGUUUCUGUUUGUUUUUAUAAUCUUAUUUUUACUAAUUCUAGCUAAUGUGUAACAUUUCCAAAUGUGUUUAAGCCAUUAAUUAUUUUAAUUUAAACGUUUAUACUUUCUCCACAGCCUCUCUUGAGCAAAACAUUAUUAUUUAUUUAUGCACAAAACUUUCUGCAUUUAGAACUGGGAAUGCAAAUACUGACAUGAGAAACCAGAAGUACCCAACUUAAGAAGUCCAAUUUACUGACCACUGUGUUUAUUCAACAGUUGUGUAACGUGUUGUGUUUUGUCAGAGUAAUAUAUGGCCUAUAAGGGCACAACCUCCUGUGACUGGAUAUACUUUUUACCACUGGGGGGACAAAUUAUUCAGUGUAGCACAAUAGUUUUGGCAGUGGUCCAGGUUGAAUGUACUGACUUACAGUCAGUUGUCAUAUUUCUAUUUCUGGUUUGGCAGUUUAAUAAUUUGUUUUUCUGCGGCUGCUCAUGGUGCUAAAUGUGGCACAUCACAGAAGGAUCAAAGAGGAGCAAAAUCCUGCUGGCUGAGCCAAGAAGCCACUGCUAGAUUAAUAUUUUUAAAAGUUAACAAUAAAUAUCGCUAAUUGCAGUGCUUUUCAAAAAUAGAUAGAUGAUAGAUAGAUAGAUAGAUAGAUAGAUGACAGAUAUAGAUAUAAAUGCAUUGCCAACUAUUAGUCUGCCAAUGUUCCUAGCCUCAUAUUAGAACUUCUCCCUCAGAUAGAAGCUGGACGGGAGUUACCGUAUUUUUCGCUUUAUAAGACGCACCAGACCAUAAGACGCACCUAGUUUUUGGAGGAGGAAAGCAAGAAAAAAAAUAUUCUGAAUCUCUGAAGCCAGAACAACAAGAGGGAUCGCUGCGCAGCAAAAGCAGCGAUCCCUCUUGCUGUUCUGGCUUCUGGGAUAGCUGCGCAGCCUGCAUUCGCUCCAUAAGACGCACACACAUUUCCCCUUACUUUUUAGGAGGGAAAAAGUGAGUCUUAUAGAGCAAAAAAUACGGUACUUCUGAAACUUGUGGUUGGAAAGAGUCUAUCAUAAAUCCUAAAAAGUGCACAUCAAAUUUCUAGUGACACUUCAAGACAGAGCUGUGCUCAAUAUUUUAUGGAUUUGAUUUACAGAUGGCAAGGGCACAUUUCAGUGGAGUAUAUUUUUUCCCCUAAAACAAAUAAAUAAAUGAAAUUAAUAUCCAGGUUUUGGGGGGAUCAUUUGGGACCGUGUUUCUUAUGUUUGCAGCAUUUUGCUCCCACAGUAGAGAAAUGAGGAAGAGGCUGUGACUGAAAGCGAUAGCUAAAGCAGCAAAGUUAGUUUUCGGUUGAAAUUUAAGGAUUAUUCUUUCCCCUUAAACAUGGUAACUUUGUAAGCAUUUUUCAAAAGGAUAAACUGAAAGGAGAUGAGGAGAAACUGUAGCUAUGUUACAGUCUAGGAUAAUAGUCAUCUCUGUUUUUAUAUAUGCCCCCAAAGCAUCCUGUUAUUAAUCGGUCAGUUUUAUUGUUUAGCCAUAGGCUGUUACACAGCUUUCUGUUAUGAAACCUUUAAAAGCCUUCAGGUUAUAUGAGGACUGAGGAGUGAGACAGUUUUUUUUACAGUGAAGUGCAUUCACAGAAACCUUCCUGCACCGAGGAGCCUAUCUUACGAGAAUCACGAUGUACCAAUUUCUCCUAAAAUCUAAUUAUAUUAAUCCUCUGUGGAAAUACAAGCUUAAAAUAGAAAGUUUCAGGCUCUUUAAAUUCCUUUUUUGGGAUAUAGAGGUUCCUAAGAUUGGGAUGGGUCACUAAAAUACUAUGCUGGCAUCUCUAACGAAGCUAGAUUUUUUUGUUUUGUGGUUGAUAUCUGACCUGCUAUGCACCUUUAUUUUCAUUAGAUGGAAUGGAAAUCUUGAUAGCAACAAGUUGUCUUUGUUUCGAUCGUCAUGUGCUAAGAGGUGGGGAAUAUGGAAAGGUCAGUUAUUUAGAGACACGGACUGUGAGAAGGCUACCAAAUCCAAAAGACUUUUAGAGGUCAGAGUUUCUAAUGACAUGGAGUAACGAGAGAAUGGGUUGGCUAAUUGUUAGUGUAUGGAAAUUUAAUAGGGUUUUAUGAAUUUUCCUAUUGGCCCAGUAAGGAAGGAGAACUAUAACAAAGUUAUAGUUUCAAAUAAGAUACAUAUUUGUUCUGCUCCAUAGUCACUUGUAAAUUCUUCCUCUGCACCCAGCCUUGAUAUGUAAGCAAAUUUGCUGGCCCAGGGAAAUCUUUUUCCUCCUUACCUCUUUCCCCCACCCCUCCUCAGUUUUUCUCAAAUGUCUUUUUGUUGUUGUUGCCUUUUAUGGGAAAUGAUUCAUUUUUAUUUAUUUUUAAUAACACAUUCUUCCACAUUUUCUUCAGUUGAUUUUUUUAAUAAGAGCAGCCUUUUGUCCAGGCUUAUCUCUUUCCUUAGCUUCUUGUAUAUUUAUUAUACGGAGGAAAUACUAGAAGAAUGCACCUGACUCUUGUAAUUCAGGGGAGGGCUAGCAAUAUUGCUCAGAUGUUAACAUGUUAGAGGAUUUCUGUAGGGGACCGUAGCAAAUAUAGCAAGGACGUCUUCUCCUUCCAUGCAUGAAAGAUGUUUGUCCCUCAUUAACAACACCUGACCAAACAGCUGCAAGCCCAGCUAUGUCUCACUUCAAUAUUUUACGACUUGGUUUAUCCUGAUGAGUUUGUCAGGGGAUAUACAUAUUUCUAAAAUGCCCUAUUGUUGGGGAUUUUUUUUUGUUAUAAAAUGCCAAUCUGCCCACUCUAGUUUUUGAGUGAUUUAGCGAAGGGAGACAAACUACCCUGCCUUUUGGAAAGUUAGUACACACGAUUACCAAGCUGGCCAGGAGCCAUCAUUUAAUGUGGGCACAUUAAAAUUCUAACAAUCUGCAGUGCUGCUUGAGCAAAAAGGAUUGUAUUCCUGACAGAGUCUACUGCUCUUCUGCUUCUCACAGAGGUCAAGGCUUUGAGAAGAUCCCAGGGGCUUCUUUCUUUUCCUUUACGUCUGGAAACAUAAUGAAGAAGAUUGCUUCCAAUAUAACACUUUUUGGUUUCAGUUCAGUGGCAGGCAGUGGUUAUACUGUGGUUUCGUGCUCCAAGACAAAGGACCGAGUUAAUUCUCCCCACAUUCAUGAUGUCAUGAGAGAUAGUACCAGUUUGAGAAACUGAAUGCUUUCCAUUGCCCUUUAGGACAAAGAUCACACGUUAGAACGCGCAAACAUUUGUCUGCGGUGAACUCAAAUGUUAUCUGGAGAGAGCUUAUAUGUGUCUGUGCAUCACAUAAGAAGGCAUGCACAUGCUUUUGGAGUUAAGAGAUUGUUUGUCCAGUGGGAAACUGAGUGAAACAUAAUACAGUGGUACCUCGGGUUAAGAACUUAAUUCGUUCUGGGGGUCUGUUCAUAACCUGAAACUGUUCUUAACCUGAGGUACAACUUUAGCUAAUGGGGCCUGCCACUACCGUCACAUGAUUUCUGUUCUCAUCCUGAAGCAAAGUUCUUAACCCAAGGUACUAUUUCUGGGUUAGCGGCGUCUGUAACCUGAAGCGUCUGUAACCUGAAGCGUCUGUAACCUGAAGCAUCUGUAACCCGAGGUACCACUGUAAAAGCUUUCAGAAGCAGGCUGCAGAACCUUUUCCAACAUUCCUUUUUCUCAUUCCCUUCUCACCAACCUUUCUGGGGCCAUGUGCCAGAGGUGGGUUCUUCCUGCCUAAGUGCAGAACCUUACAUUUGUCCCUGUUGAAAUUAAAUUUUAUUAAUUUGGGCUUAGUUCUCCAAUCUGUUAAGGUCAUCUUGAAUCCGGAUUCUGUCUUCUGCGGCAUUAACUAUCCCUCCAAGUUUGGUGUCAUCUGCAAAUUUGAUGAGCAUCCUCAUAAUUCCUUGUAAACGACUUGAAUAACAACAGGCCCAGGACAGAACCCUGUGGCACCCCACUUGGCACUUUCCCCCAGAAUGUUGAGGAAUCAUUAAUGAGCACUCUUUGGGUUCAGUCAGUCAACCAGCUACAGUGGAACAGUCUUCCUCAGGAGGUUUUUAAGCAGAGUUGAGAUUCCUGCAUUGCAGGGGGUUGGACUAGAUGACCCUUAGGUUCCCUUCCAGCUCUACAAUUCUAUGAUUCUAUAAAACAGUCUUCUCACCUCACAUGUGGCAUCAAUUUCAGCUGAGUUUCUGUUAUUUUGGUUUUGAAGAAGCCUCAAGCAUUCUGGAGAGAUUUGACCCUCUUGACUUUUCCAUCUCAACUUCCUUUUUACCAAUUCCCUCAUUCUGGGGAAGUUUCAUUUUUUUGAAGUUAAAUUCCACUUCUAUGACAAACUAUGAAAGUGAUUGACAGUGCCUAUAACUAUGCGCAUGGACAUCCCAGUUGUACAAAGGCUUUCCUGUCUGACAUAAAAAUGAAUUGGUCCUUGGAUUGUUUGAUUAUAUCAGGUAGGACAUAUUUUUUCAGCCAGAAAUAAGCUUGCCAAUUCUAAACUGGCAAGAAGUAUGCUCCCAAAACCAAACAGCACACCCUGCAAAUAUGCACACCCGUUACUCCUCCUUCUGCUCUCUGUCAGCACUAGUGUGGGUUGUGACUUACCAAAGUCACAACACACCCAAAUACCUACUGAAAACAGAUCUUUCAUUAAAUGAAAACUUUGAUUAUCUUUUUCCAACCUCUGCUUGUGUGCAGCUACUUAAAUAUUUAUAGUAGACAAGGGUUUAGCUUGUUUCUUAGUGGCAAAGAUGGACACACUUGAACAUGCUCGGUAAAAUCAUGCAAAAUGAUUUUUGCAAGCAAGAAUUCUGUGAAUUAGGAUUGUGUUUAAUUGGGCAGAAGAUUUUCAAAUACAAAAAUUAUUUUAAGGUCAUGGCUUAUAGCUAAAAUCACGUGUUUUUAUUCUACAUUUCCUUGAGUUUGCUCUUUGGCAUUAAAACAUUGCCAAAUAUAAAAACGCUGUUAAAGGCAUGAGUAUAAAAGGAUGCUGAGUUCUAUUAAAGUGUUGUAGUAAUGCUUUUAUCAUGCCUUCUAUAGUUACUAAAAUUAUUUCCAUGACUCACCAGGUAUUCUGGGCUGUAGUUCAAGAAUAACUGAGUUUGGUCAAAUAGUUCAAUAAAAUUCUAGUGCCUUCAAUCAAAGACAAAAGCUUGUUUCUCCAUUGACAAAAGAGUAUAUCUUGAUAUCCUCACACCAUGUGUUCACUAAAAAGGUAAAGGUAAAGGUAAAGGACCCCUGGAUGGUUAAGUCCAAUCAAAGGCGACUAUGAGGUUGCAGUGGUCAUCUUGCUUCAGGCUGAGCAUGACUAAACUGCUUCUGGUGCAAUGGAACACCGUGACAGAAACCAGAGUGCACAGAAAUGCUGUUCAACUUCCUACCACAGCGAUACCUAUUUAUUUACUUGCACCAGUGCUUUCAAACUUCUAGGUUGGUGGGAGCUGGGACAGAGCAAUGGGAGCUCACCCUGUCUUGGGGAUCUGAACUGACAGCCUUCCGAUCGGCAAGCCCAAGAGGCUCAGUGGUUUAGACCACAGCUCCACCUGCUCCCCUUUGUGUUCACUAUAUAGCACAUCUAAAACUUGUGUUAGUCAGUAAAAUUUUGUUUAGGCUUUCGUCAGAAUAUUUUUUAUUGGUGAGCUUUUGCAUUGCUCAAGAAACAAACCUUAAGCCUAAAAGUAUUGCAUGUAGUCAUAACACAGCUUUAGGGUGAAGUCCCAUACCUAUACCAGAAAGUAAGUACCACUGGGGCUGAUUUCUGAAUAAUCAUGUACACGUGUUAGUACAGCUGGCAUGUUUUACUCCAAAAAAGUGCUUUAUUUUGUAUCUAUUUGGUGUAUUCUACACAAUAUGAAAAAAAAAAUUGUUUGGCAUAAUGGUUGGCCCUAACCUGGGGAGAGCAGGAUUUGAAUCCCCACUCAGCCAUGAAGCUUACUGGGUGACCUUGGGCCAGUCACCAUCUCUUAGCCUCACCUACCUCACAGGGUUGUGGUGAGGGUGAAAUGGGGAAGAAGGGAACCAUGUACACCACUUUGAGACCCUUGGUAGAUAAAAGUGGUAUACAGAUGUAAGAAAAAUGAAUGAACAAACAAACAAAGACACAAAUGAAUGAAUGUGCUGGCUUUCAAGUCUUUCCUUGCCAACCUUGCUUUUUAAAACCCUUUCAUUACCUUGAUUGGGAAUAUUGGGAAUUGGGAAUAAGUGUGCUUAAAGGGUUUAAUGAAGGGAUGGGGUGGGGAACGUUGUUGGACUCCAACUCUCAUCUGGCCCAGCCGACAUGGUCAGUAGCUUAUGGAAGUUGUAGUCCACUGACCUCUGGAGGGCCGCAGAUUCACCACCCUUGUUUAAUGAAUGAACAGUGCACAAUGCCACAAUCUAAACUCAUAUAAGCAUGAGUCAAUGAGGCAUGAAAUAGGUUUGUGAUUAAUUAUGAUUUAAAAUAAAUGUGUUUCACUUUGAAAAGUUUGAAUGACCUGCCUUAUAUCACUGUAUAUACCAUGAUGUUUGUUUGUUUUUAAAUAAAAUGGUGCCUAAAGAGCUGCAGAACUGGAAAGGAUAUUUGCUGUUGUGGUUAAGAAUGAAUAUAGCUUGUGUGUGGUGGGGCAGAAAAAAGGUGAAUGAACAAACAGAUCAUGUAUUGAUUGAAAGUGGAUAUGGAGAAAAAUAUAUGAAUGUAUAUUUCUGCAUGUGCAUGGUUGGGUAAGUUAAGGCUGAUGUUAAAUGAAUGGCUAAAAAGAAGAUGUCAUAGAAGCAUAGAACUUUACACCUCUCCUGUAAUUUAUCCCCCCCCCCCCGGAGAUGAUUUCCCCCUAAAAUCAUUGAAGACUGUGUAUUUUGUUGACUUGCUGUGUACACCCACACACCCACACACCCACACACCCACACACCCACACACACACCGCCCUAUACCCACAGGUCUCAGGGCAGUUCACAGAAUAAAAUCAAAAUAUAAAACCACAAAAUAUAUAAUCAAAAUAAAAACAACAACCCAAUUUUCUAGUACAGUCAUACCUCGAGUUGAAUGUGCUUCGGGUUGAGCGCAUCUCGAGUUGCGUUACUUCCGGGUUUCGCCGCUCGCACAUGUGCAGAUGCUAAAAAUGAUGUCACACGCAUGUGCGGAAGCGGCGAAACAUGACCUGUGUGUGUGUGCAGACGCGUCAUCGCGUCUUGCGUUCCAUACGGGAUGCGACUGGGGCUCUGGAACAGAUCCUGUUCGCAUCCUGAGGUACCACUGUAUCUCUUUUGAGUCACCUUAGCCUCUCAGUCCCCCUUUCUCUGUACUCAUGUGUUGAAAUGUUUUCUCUCAUGAUCCUCAUUAUCUGCAUAAGGCUAUUUUUUAGCUCAAGAAAAGGAUGCAAAAACAGAAUCAUAGAGCUGAAAGGGACUUCACUUCAAAAGUCAUCUUCUGACUGAUGCAGGAAACCUGCUGCUAAAGAAUCCCUGGUGGGUAACUAUCCAGCCUCUGUUUAAAAAAAACUUAAAGGAGAGUCCACUACCUUUUGAGGCAGUCUGAACAUCUUGUGUCAUCAGAAGUCCUUAUUUGAAAUUCCUUUUCUUGUCAUUUGAAACCAUUGAUUUUGAUCCCACCCUCUACCUCUGGAGAAAAAGAAAAUAAAUUUGCUCCAUCAUCUAUGUGUCACCUCCUAUUUGAAUAGGAGUAUCAAACUGCCUCUUAAUUGUCUUACCUAAUUCCUUCAACCUUUCCUCAUAGGACUUGGUCUUUCUCACUCUCCCAUGGGCACAUUCCUUAAACUGCAGUACCCAGAAUGGGGGAAGUUACUGCCGAUGAGGUCUGACCAAAGAGAAUAAAGUAGUACCGUUACUGUCUGAUAUUUGAAUUCUUCUGUUCAUGAAGCCUAGAAUAGCACUAGCCUUUUUAGCUUCUGAAUUCCACUGCUGGCAAGAGAACUAAAAUCAGAUAGGUAAAGGUCUUUUGUAUAUUGGCCAUGGGACCAACAAAUCACUCUCCCUGUUAUUAUUGUAACUAAAUUAUAACAUAAAGAAGUAUAUAUCAGAGUAUGCCUCUGUAUCAAUAAUAAUUUCUAUGAUACCUUACAGACUAAACUCCUUUAUCACAUAUGCUACUUUUUCCAGAUGACUUUUUUUGGUCAGUUUUCACAUUUCUAAGUACAGUGGUACCUCGGGUUAAGUACUUAAUUUGUUCCUGAGGUCCGUUCUUAACCUGAAACUGUUCUUAACCUGAAGCACCACUUUAGCUAAUGGGGCCUCCUGCUGCUGCCGCGCCACUGGAGCACGAUUUCUGUUCUUAUCCUGAAGCAAAGUUCUUAACCUAAAGCACUAUUUCUGGGUUAGCGGAGUGUGUAACCUGAAGCGUAUGUAACCUGAGGUACCACUGUAUUGCACAUGGAGUUGGUAUGUUUUCUUUUUCAAAAGAGCUGCAGAACAGCAGUGGACACAAUUUUAAGCAGAGAAGUAGCAGGUAGGGUGUGUUUUUAACUUUGUGCAGUGCUUAAAAUUCCUAGGUGCUGUACAAAAAUAAAUAAAACAAGUCCUGCCUACAGGCUUUAUGAACUAGCUUGUCUCUGCUACUCUCAGCUACAACUAUGCAGCAAUUUGGCUAAGUAUGUAGCUCUGGUUUGAUGUUAACAGAAUGUUAGAUUGUUUUGAAGAGAAGCCACACCAGUUCCUCAAUUUGUUUUAGAUUUCAUGGUACUCAGUUCUAAAUUAUAGUGUUGUGCAGGGCAGAAUAAACCCUAAUCAAGCUUGGAAAAGCUGUCAUCUUUUCAUAAGUGCAGAGCCAAUGAAAAACUGCUCACAAUAACACCGCAAGCUGUUUUUUAAAUAAAAACAACAACCCCAAAGCCAAGGCUUGGUUUCUAGGAUAAACAUAACCGGUUAUCACAUCUGUCAAAUGAUGAAUAAAUGACUUCACGUUGGUAUGUGUAGUGUAAGAAGGCAUAAUUUUCUGUCCCAUCCUGUAUUUGUCACAUGCAGCACUGCUUCUGUUCCCCUGCAUCUUCUGUCAAAUACUACGUUAUUUGUCUCCCUGUUUGCUGCAGCUAAAUCACACAAUUACCGGUACAUUGUCAUUAGAUUAUUCCACCCCAUUCAUUUCUAUGCAAUGCAAAUGGUGGGGAUGUAAUCAAUUAAAUAUAGUUUGUGGACCAAACAACAACAGUGAAUACCAGUUGUAUUUGCCGGAACAAUUUAUGUUAAAGACAUGAGGCAAUUAAGCAAACACUGGCAGUUUAUUCUCCUGUUGCUGUUUUUUAUCAGAAUUCUCUGAUGUCCCUAAUAGUGACUUCAACUUCAGGUGUGUUCCUUGCACACAUUGAAAUAGCUUCAGCUCUGUGGCAGCCUGUUGAAAGUCUAGCAUAAUAAAAUAUAUAAUACAUAGUGUGCUGAAAAUACGAGAUUACUGAAAUUGAUUGUUUGUUUUGCAUUGAUGUGUCACCAUGCCACAUCAAUAAAGUCCCCUGGUAUUGAGACUCUUUUAAAGUCUUGCCCGAGUUAAAGAAAGUAUAGUGACUCAGGGCCAAACUGCGCACAACCUGAACAAUGCCAUGCAUGGGUUUCUCCACAAAUUGUUAGACUCUGGGAAGCUUGUUCCAGAUUUGGAUUCUAAUGGGGUUCUUUAAGUACUUUGCUCCCUCUGCUGUCCUGAUUCAGACUGAAAUCCCCACGUGUGCAAUUUCCUUGAAGAAGUUCCUACUGAAAUUACCAUAUUUUUCGCACCAUAGGGCGCACCUAGUUUUUAGACGGGGAAAUCAAUAAAAAAAAUCUUUCCCCCCCCCAGCCCCAAAGAGCAGUGUACAGGCUGCGCACAACCUCUCCCUGCUGGAGGGGUUGUGCGUGGCUAUGGAACAAGCCAAGGCAGCCAGCGGGAUGGAUCCCGCUGGCUGCUUUGGCUUCCUCUUUAGCCCCGCGCAAUCCCUCCCUGCCGGGAGAUGCUGCGCAGGGCUAAAGAAGCCAUAGCCCCAUGCAGCCUCUCCAUGCUGGAGGGGUUGCGCGCGGCUAUGGCACAAGCCUGCAUUCGCUCCAUAGGACGCACACACAUUUCCCCUCAAUUUUUGGAGGGGAAAAACUGCGUCCAAUGGAGUGAAAAAUACGGCAAUGAGAUCUUUGUUUCAGUGCAAAAUGCAGGUGUGAGAGAGAGCUGGAUUCAUAUUGAGACCACAGGUGUGUGCUGGCUACACACACACGGGGGGGGGGGGGAUCAGGAAUGCUCCCCUGCAUGUUGUGGUGGGGAAACUCGGGUAGAACUAUAUAGUUAAGGUCACAUGUAGUUUGGCCUUUGGGUGAGCCAUUAAAUGAGGAGGGGCGGUUGUGUAAAUUGUUGCUCUUAAGUAACAGCAUGCUCCAAAGAGGCAUAAACCUUAUUUUAAAAGGCUAUUUAGUGAGUAGUAGCAGUUAGGGUCAAAAGCACUCCCUAUUAUUUUGUCCUCGUAGUUGUUGAAUAUUUUGAUCAAAUUAUUACACUUGGAGUUCAAUAUAUAAUUUGCAGCCUUUACUGAUGAAAAUUACCACUUACCAAACACCUAUCUUAUACCAAGGAAUAGUUCUCUCUCCAGAGUACUUUGCAAGAAGCUGUGCCAUCAAUAACUGGAAAUUAUGCUACUUACUUUAUAUUAGCACAGUUUGAAUAUUUCAUCUGUUGUUACUUUUCUUCUCAAAUUAAUGGUCUUUUUGGAACAUUUAUUCUGCUGAGCCUGACAUUAAUAUUCUGCACGGUUUUUUUUAAUAAAGCAAACAUAUUGUGCUGUUGGACCACAAGCAGCAUUAGCAAAGAAAUUGCACCAGCCCUUGUGUUUGCAGACCAAAUAGUUUCUGAAGGCUUAUGUAAAGCUGCAAAUAAGGGGAGGCAAAAUGUCUGCCUCCUGCUGGAAUUUGUGCAAGGAAGAAACACAGGUCCCAUAAUAUUCUUGGUGCUCUUUUUCCCUUCCUCUUUCACUAUCAGAGUCUCUUGCUUCCUUCGUUUUUGUGUGUGGCCUUGCCCCCAUCCCCUUUGUGCCACUUGGGUAAUUCACCAGUUCAGAACUUGGCUCCUCCACCAAGCUUUUGGGCAUGUUGCAUCAAACCUACAGAAGGGUAUAUGGUUGCGGGACUGGGCAACUGUGAAAAUUCCACAUCUCCAUGAUAAAGCUUGCUCCCGUGCAGUUCUAGGAGUGUGACGACUACUGUUUCAGGCCCAUCAGGAAAUAGAAAAUGAUUGCAACCAGCAUGUUAAAGCAAAUAGUUGUGUUGUAGCCCUUCACCCAAUGUAGAUCUUCUAUUGUCAUUGCUUGGCAAAAAGGUUUCCUAAAGCUGGUAAUUUGGCAAUUAAAACAAGUGAAGGUUGUGCUAUGUCUAAACCCAUCAGUUUCCCCAGGAGCUAAUAUAUUCAUUGGUAUGUGAAUAUUUUACUCCUUAUUGGAUCCAGUACGUAUUGCCUGGGAACAGAGCAGAGCACCUGUCACAUAGUUCUGAAUUUUCAAAUAUAAAUCCUUCAACUUAAUAUACACUGGAUAUUGAAGCAAAUAUCUAGGACCAUGCUCAUUCUUUAAGCAUACUACGGUUAGUAACUGGAAUGUUCCAAGUUAACUCAUGGUUUCCCUGCACUAGUUCAUUUUCAUAUACAUAAUAAUAAUAAUAAUAAUAAUAAUAAUAUGUUUAAAAUGUUUGGGUAAACAUGGUUAUUUGUAUAAUUAUUUGUAUGUAUCAAGUGUAGUAACUUAGUGAAUCAUUUACAGGGCAGCCUAGAAAACAACCUUAUUUCUUACCCUAGUUCAUGUCAAAGUGCUGAAUUAAGAAGAACACUGUAAUCACUGAAGACAGGGAUGCUCAGUUUUGCACUGGCUCUUUAAUGCUGUCUGAUAAUGUGUGUCUAUGCAUAAGUUUUUGUUUUGUUUUGAAUUAAGUCCAGAUAUAGUGUUUCAGCUGAACUCUUGUUCUUCCUGUUUAGCAGAGGUUCAGGUGCUUUGUGAGCCUUGUAGAGGACUCUCUGUUAUAGGUCAGUUAUGGAAAUGCAGGUAAAUAAUACCACCUGCAAGCAGAUAGGUUUGGGGAUGCAAUAAAACAGUCACAUUCUCCUGUUUUUCUGUGCCCCAAACACUCUAGAUCGAACUGCUGUUACGCUUCACAGGGAUUUAAGAGCACAAAAGUCACUCAAGGUAGAAAUUCUGUCUUAUCUCAGUAGUUCUACUCUGUGAACUAGGAAUUGGAUCUGUCUGAAGAUUCUGGAUGCUGAAAUGGUCCGUAUGCGGACUUGUGCAAAUGUUGUGGUAACAGACUGUUAGGCUCUGUAAGCUGUUGUUAAAUUCUGUAGACUGUAAUAACAAAAAUUCAAUUACUUUGGGGACGGUGAGUUCCACCCUCCCAUAUCAAGAUUAAUAGCUUCAACUUUGUCUCAGACUAUCUUGUAAUAACAGCAUUUUGUUUUUCAAAGCUAUCAAUUUGGCAUUCUAAUUAGUUACAGUCUCUCCACAGGCCAGUCUAGUAGCAGCUUUCUAUCACGGCAAAACCGAAAGCUACAUUAUCUAUCUAAGGAAGGAUUGUGUUCCUACUUAGAUGUUAAACCAUGCCACACAAGUAUUAUCUUAUUUAACUUUUGUAUUGUUUCACUUUAAAAAACCAACAACACCCCAAAGCUGACUGUGGUUGUAGGAUACACCUAUCCACUUGAGACAAUUUUCAUCCCGGGUCUCACCUAUUACUUAUCUGGGGAAGUAAAGAUGGUCACUCUUCCUUCAGAUCCCUAUAUACACUCAGUGCCUAGACGUUAGUCUUGCCACCAAAUGCUCCAUGUAGCCCUGUCUCCUAGGCAACAGGUUUUUUGAGGCUGCAAGGUGAUGGGGUGGAAGGCAAAAAUGCUCACCCCCUUAAAUGGUUGCCUCUCCAUCAAGCACCUCUCUAGGGAGCACUGAAAAUUUAUGUCUGGGAAUAUCAAAUCGCAUCAUUUUAGAUCUGAAAGUGAUCUUGAAGGUCAUCUGGCUCAACCUCCUAAAUCAACAGAGAAUCUCUAAUACAGGAUGCAAUGACGAUAUCCCUGACAGGUGCCCCAGUUGCUGCAAAGGAGAGCCCACCACUUUCCACUGUCAUCUGUCCCACCGUUGCACAGCUCUUACCGGUAGGAAGUUUCUCCCGUGGCAGCCAUUGCUUCAGAUACAGUGGUACCUCGGGUUACAGACGCUUCAGGUUACAGACUCUGCUAACCCAGAAAUAGUACCUCGUGUUAAUAACUUUACCUCAGGAUGAGAACAGGAAUCGCGCAGUGGCAGCGGGAGGCCCCAUUAGCUAAAGUGGUACCUCAGGUUAAGAACAGUUUCGGGUUAAGAACGGAUCUCCAGAACAAAUUAAGUUCUUAACCCGAGGUACCACUGUAUAUGAGAGCAUAGUGCUCAUCCACUCAGAGUAAUACCAUUGGUCACGCUGCCCAGUAUGUCUGUCCUGAUUGGCAGAGAUGCUCCAAGGCCCUACGAGUCUUUGCAAGCCAUGCAGCUGAGGUAUUUUUAAGCUGGAGAUGAAUCCAGCAUCUUCUUCAUGCAGAACAUUUGGAGGGGGGAAGUUAUUCUCCUUUCUCCCUCCCUGCCUCAGAAGGGAUGCUGUGCCAUGUUUAUUUUGAGCAGCAGCAGGACAGGCACACAGAAGCAGCUGGAGUCCCAGGGCCACAGAAGCAGAACCCUGAAACAAUUGCUAGGCUCUUACAUGGCUCAGUAUCAAGACCAAGUACAAAAAAUGGUUAUUUGGGAAAAUAGAACUGGCUGUGUGAAUAAUAAGCAUAACUGUAACAGAAUAAUGGCUUCCCCUUUUCAGGAAGAUUGCAUUCCCUGCUUCUCCUGUAGAUUAUUCUAACCUAUUUUUGACUUCUCUUACUAAUGCAAGGCAAACGCACAGGCAGGGAAAUGUCUGUGACAGCUUCCAGGUUUGAGUCAAGGAAUAAGUGACAACAAGCCCCUUGCUGUUGAAAACAGAAGAUAGCUUUGGGAAGACCAAAGAGCUGGAGCUCUACUUUCAUGGUUCUUCCCCUUACAAGAUACUUCAAAUUGCCCCCUAUGUAUGAAGCACACUGUUAUAAAUCAAGGUUUGGGAGAGGCACCCUCUCUGGUCACCAGCAUAGCCUGUGAUUCUAAGAGUUUUGUUCUCCCCCACCCUAAUGUACCUCAGCUGCUUUGAUUCACAAUGAGGCACAAGAAGAGGCACACUUUCUGUUUUUAUAUAGUAAUGCUGAACUCAGUUACUAGAUUUGCUUUGGGGGAUAAUAAUAAUAAUAAUAUUGGCAACAUGUUCCACAUAAUCACAGGAAUGAUGGUUAAACCAGACUAUAUGAGGGCUUUCUUUUUCCACAAGCAUCAUGUUGCCACAGUGAAGGGUGUGUGUGAGAGAGAGAGAUAGAUAGACAGAGGGAAUGAGGCAGGCAAAGAGCUCUUUAAUGCCUGCCUCCCGAGAAUGAACAUCAGCAGAGGUGGUGUCCAAAUUCUCUGGUUUGUUUCCUUCUAUUCUUUUACAUGCAGACUAAUCUGUGGGCACUUCCAGACUGUCCAUAUUUUGGUCUUGCACAACAACCCCACAACCCUCAAAGAUCUAGCAUUUUGAGAUGAGGAAAAUGUACUGGAAAGUGUAUGAUCACUCUUGCUUUGAUGCAAUAUCAUCUAAAUGCCCUGCAAACCGAUCAGAAUGAACCAAGAAUUACAAUAUAUAAGGAAUCCCAGAUACAGUUUCCAACCUCUGGGUCUCCCACCAGUCCAUGAGCUCGACCUAAGUAGUGAACCAUGGCUAUAACUUUAACCAAAAGGAUUGUUUGUUUGCUGUACUGUAAAGACACUGGUAUGUCAAGAAUGUUUUGCUAUCUAAAACAUAUGCCCUAGCUGCAGUAGACAGAGUUAUGAUGGCCAGGAAAAGGCGCAAGGCAGAGUCAUUAUUCAGACAGAUUGCAAACAAGGAAGAUGCUAGGCUCCAGUGCACAGCUUGGGUAAGCUUGGGAAAAAGUUGUCACCCAAAUUCUUAUGGCUGCUGUUGUGUAGAAAGGAGAGUACUUGGGGAUGGGGAAACCUGUGGCCCUGAGAUGUUGCUGGGUGACAGUUCCAAUUGUCCCUCAUCAUAUUGGCUGGGAGUCCAGCAACAUCUUGAAGGCCACAAGUUGCCCAUGCUCACUUAAAAUAUAUGUACACGCACAUAUAUACGCAUGCCACAACACCCAUAUAAUGGAAUUUAUUGAAUUAGUCUAUUUUCCAUAGUAAGACAAAGGUCAGCAAAAUAAAAUAUACCUGAAACUCAUUUAAAUUUAAAGCAUAAAAAUGUGCAUGGUAUAUAUUACAGAAAGUUUUGCAUUAUAAAUUACCUAAAUUAAAAGAAAAAGAAUAAAUAGCACCUCAAUAGGUUUAUGCCCUCGCAAUGUAGAAUCUGCUCAGCAGAUCAUUGAAAUGGACUCUAAAUAUAUUUUUCUGAGACUGGAAGCCAAAAAAGGCCAUCCACCAAGCUGCAUAUUGAUUAGUUCUUUGCAACAAAAAGCUUGAUCUUUAAAAAGAACUGUAAUUAAUGUUCUUUAACACAGGAAUAAAAUUGAUAUUCAAGAUUAUAGUGGGACUAAUUGUCCAAUGUUGCUGCCCUGGUACAUAAUCAGUCUUAGACUGGUGUGCCCCAAUAUUGGCAUCUCUCUCCCUCUCUGAAAAUAUUUAGAGAGAGAGAGAGAGAGAGAGAGAGAGCGCGCUCGCCAACACUUUUCAGCUGGGACUCACUGGAACACAGUUAUGGCACCUCUCUAUCUCUAUUUCUAAUCUUAUUUUUCUAGAAAAAGAGGUGCCGGAACUCGCUAUGAACACCUCCCUCGUUCGCUUAGAAUGGCUUUGCUUGCAUAUAUUUUCAUUCUUUUCUCUUUCUGCAUUCAUGCUUUCUCAGAAAAGCUAUUGCAGCCAUCGGAGCAAAUGCAUUGUUUCCUCACCAGAGCUCAAGGGGGCAAGAACAACUUAAGUUUCUGAUACCUGCUUAUUCUCUCCCACUGGUUAUUUAUAUCCUGCAAUACUGUAUAUGAGAACUAUCCAAACCGAAGAUGUAGCUGCCUUGUCUUCAGACUUUGCUCCCAUUCAAGAGAAUAUAGUUUCCUAGUAAAUGUGUAGUUAUCGUCACAUUUCUGUAAACCUUCUAAUUUGGUUAUUCUGUAAUUCUGUCAUUUGCUGUAGAAUAUAUGAUUGCUUAAAGAGUGGGAAGGAGCACGGGUGGAGGAAAGCAGAGGCUGAGAUGACAUGCAGGUUUAGUCCAUCACUAAUUUGACAGCCAAAGGCACUGAGAUUGCUUUAGGAAAGCUUGCAGCACUCCUGUAAUGUUACUGGGAUUGUGGCCAACAGGUUUGGAGGUGCUUGUAUGUCAGAGCCAAAAAUGGAUUUUUAUUUCACAGUGCAGAGCUGGAAGCAAGAUUUGUCUUUUCAGCCAUAGGUAGCUAAUUGCCUUGACUCUGGUUCAGACGUGACUGGAUUCGUUUUUGAGGGACCUGCAGCAUAAUGAUGUAAAAAGCUUUUAAUUUUCCCACACAGAAAAUAGGAGCUGAACACCUAGCUCCAGAGCUUCAGUAUUCAAUUAAUUAAGUGUCCCAGUGCUAGACUUUACUGUAAGACAGGAAAUUAGAGGUGUGUAAGGUUGUGUCUGUAUGGAAUAUUCUGUUAGCUUGAAGUGCAGAAAUUUAAUCUGCUAUUUGGAUUUCUUACUUCUGUGGGGGGAAUGAUUGCUGUUCCUGUUCUGUGUGUGUCUUCAUGUGUUCACAAACACAUCUGAGAAAUUCCAUGAAUCUAUUAUCAUUGAGGGAUGCGGGUUGCGCUGUGGGUUAAACCACAGAGCCUAGGACUUGCUGAUCAGAAGGUCGGCUGUUCGAAUCUCUGCAAUGGGGUGAGCUCCCGUUGCUUGAUCCCUGCUCCUGCCAACCUAGCAGUUCGAAAGCAUGAAGUGCAAGUAGAUAAAUAGGUACUGCUCUGGCGGGAAGGUAAACGGUGUUUCUGUGCGUUGCUCUGGUUCGCCAGAAGCGGCUUAGUCAUGCUGGCCACAUGACCCGGAAGCUGUACACCGGCUCCCUCAGCCAAUAAAGCGAGAUGAGCACUGCAACCCCGGAGUCGGUCACGACUGGACCUAAUGGUCAGGGGUCCCUUUACCUUUACCCUUUAUUAUCAUUGAAUUUAGAAAGGUAGAACUUAGCUGACCAGAAAUUAUCUAGAAUAGGCUACCUAAACUGGGUAGAAGCGAAUGUAAUUGGCAUAUAUUGGACCAGUAUAGACAUCAUAUGUAGCCAUGUUUGGUAGCCUAAGCCCUUAUUAAGAGCCUGAAUGUGCAGAGAAACUAUAUGCUGAGCUAAGAGUUAAACCCUACUAAGGGAUUGUGUACUAUGGAAAUGCCCAUGAAAACUGCUUUUCAUCAUGCAGGCAAAGAGGUUAGGAAGGUAGGGAAAUGAUGGUUCAUUCUGUAUUGAAGCAAGAUUUUGCUACGAAUAAUGCAAACAGUGGGUUGCAAACCCAUUCCAAACAAAGCUUUCAUAUCCAGAUUUGCACCCCAUCCUUAACUAUGCAGCAGCUAUUCAAAUGUUAACACUUAACUAUGGUUAAGGGGGAACAAGCAAUGGACAAAACAUUAUGUCAGAAUGGAGUCAUUGAUCAAAAAAGAAAAGACGGUGGUAAUUAAAUCAAUACCAGCUACACUGGUAGUUGGUAUCCUGUUUAAAAUGAUGACCGAUACAUUCUAUCUAGAUUACAAACAUUACUCUAGUCUAUGGGGUGGAGGUUGAAUUAUGGAAGCUUCUUGUGUGCUCUGACUUUUAAAAUGCCUGUUGGCAUUACCACUGUGACAGUGAGAGGUGAGGCAGGAGAUAAGCUGUUUUUACCAUUAGGAUGAAACCCAGAGACCCUAGGUGGGACCAUUGAGCUCUUAAUGGGCCUCUGUGCAUGAACCUUAUCUGCCAAGUAUCCAUAAUCAGAUAGUGAGGGAAUAAAACUUCCAAACUCUUACAGCUUGUGCAUGUUCUCAAACUGAUGAAACCCUCCUUAUCCCUAUGGAUCUGUUACCAGAUGCUCUUAAAGGUAAACACAUGCCUUCAAUUGAAAUCUGGGUGUAAUUAUUUAGUAUUGCUUCCUGAAUUGAUGCCAGAACAUUCUGGCUAUUAACUAAAUGUCAUUGAAUGAAUAGUUGUGAAACAUAAUUGUAAUAAAUAUAGGGGUUGCUCGUGCGUAAGUUGCCGCCACUCCUGGCUAGGUUGCCCUGUUAAACCUUUUCUGUCUGGACAGCCCUUCACUUCGUGGCUGUUUCAGUCGCUAGCAGAAUCCGUCGGUGGGCGUUUCUUAAACCUUUUCCAGCAUAAAAGCUGUUUGACGCCAAGUCUCCUCCUACUCUCCCUGCGCGGAAGUCUUCUGCGCAGGGAGGGCGUGGGUAGCAGAGGACCCGUGCUCUCCCCGCUGGUGUCCGGUGAAGAGUCCUGGAGCCCUCUCGCCGAUUCCCCCAUCUGCCCCCCUUUAUCCCUGGUGUUGCGCUGAUUUGCUUCCCCAGCUGAUGAGCUGCCUCUCUCCCUGCUGGGCCCUUCUCCAGCAUCAUUUGAGAGCCUUCCCUCCGCCUCUAGCUCCGAUGUCAGUUCCCUGACAAUAAUCAAUGAAGUCUGGAAUGUGCGCUGAGUUUUAUUUGGUCCAAAGCUUCAUUAUUCUGCUGAAUUCUUGUUGGGUAGCAGGUGUUACGUUCUGUUACCCUUAAGAUCAGAAACUAAAAUUGCUUAGCACUCUUUAGAUGAGAGAUCACUGAUGCUUUUAUAAAUUGGAGUCUGCUUUGUAUGGCAUAGUGGCCUGGGGAGACCAGGAGCAGCACUCAAGGGUUAUGGAUUCAUUUAUCUCAGUGUUUAUAGUUGCUGCACUAUUAACUUAUUUAAUCAAAUUUGCAUUAGCCGUGGCUCACAAAUAUGCUACUAGGCUUGAAUCCUAAACUUUCUCUCAUGCAGCAUAGUUGUCUGUUAAGCCCGUAUUCUAGAUGUUUCAUGGCUAGAACUUUACCUGGAAGUCUUCUAGUACAACCCCUAGUACAGCACUUUUUUUAUCAUUACACUUGGUCUUUAAAAUAAAACAGCUGAGGAGAGAAAUCAGAAAACUUGGUCAAACUUUCCUUGCUGUGUGCCAUGCAUAGAGCCCUAAUCUCAUGUUCCUCUCAUAUGCCAAAGGCAAAGGAUUGAUUUGGGGAGUCUGCUAUACCCACGCUGCUGUUCCAGUCCUUCCACUUCGUUGUUGCUUUGCAUAAAAUUGCUUGAAACCUUGCUGCUUUAACAUUUGGGGCACAAUCGAGCUUCUUCGGUGUUCAUUCACGAUAGCAGCAUGGUAAGUGGCAGCAUGGUUGCUAGAUGCUUCUGUCUGCGUAAGACAGGGGUCAGCAACCUAAGGCCCAUGGGCCGGAAGCAGCUCGUGGAGGUCGUUUGACUGGCCCACGAUCUGCCCCUGAACCCAGUUACCCACUCACGCGCUGCACUGAACUGGCACAGCUCAGCGCGGGGACUUGCUUCUGCAGUGACAGAAAUUGUGUCUGCACACUUGCAGACGCCGAAAAACACCAGGGAGGGAGCACACUCAUGCGCACACACAUGAUCCGGCCCACGGAGGGAUCUCCGUGGGACCGAUCCGGCCCGGGCAAGAUAAACCUUGCUGACCCCUGGCGUAAGGGAAUGGCUUUGCCCAACACAAGAUUGCUAUACUGCCUGUGCCUGCUUUUAGACAAAAUAGGUUCGAUCAAGGUGUCAAAUGACGUGGUUGUAGUUGUUUACCUUCACUUCCGACUACUAUAAAGAUUUCUCCACAUGGGUCUGCUGCUAAAGUGCUAGGAAACCACCUUGCUCAACUUGGUGCUACUGCAGUUCUGCAGUAACUGUUACAGUAGCAACUGGAGUGAAUCCAUUUCCAGACUCAGCUCAAGGUGCUGGUUGUUAACUUUUAAAGCCGCAAAUUGUUUUGGAUAGCUAAAGGGCUGUCUCCUCCCAUAGGAACCUGCACUUCUGUUAAGGAUGCUCUUUUGUGUACCCCAUCAGUUUCUGAGGCAUCUCUAGUAAUGAGAUGCAGGAGAUAGCCUUCUCUAUGUUUGCUCCCAGCCUGUGAAACUUUUCCACAAGAGAGCUCUCUGUCAUCCUCUAAUGAUUGUCCACUACCUUUUGAAAACUCAUCUGUCCUGGCAGAUGUUUUCAAAUUUUAUUUAAUUAGUCUGCAUUAUAUGCCUUUUCUGUCUGCACCUAGUUUUUGUUACUGUUGGCAUUUGCUCUGCAUUUGAUUGCUUUUGAUACUGUGUAUUUUAUUUCAGACACACUGGACAUUUUUGUGUGAAAAGCAGGGUGCAAAUUUGCUAUAAAACAAAGAGGGUGGGAAUAAAUGAGAUGGAUUUAUCUAUCUUGAUCUGCUUGUGGACUCUCUCGAGACACCUGACUGACCACUGUAGAAGACUGAUUAAACUAACCUGCACCUCUGUGUAAGGCUAGAUUAAAUAGACUUUUAUGGUGACAUCCUGCAUGGAAAUUCUGGCAUUCUCAUGUUCAGCAGCACCCUAUCUGUGGAUGGGGAAGAUACCCCAUUGUUUAGUGUUUGAAAUUUUAAGUAUCUGUGCAGGAUGCUCAAACCCUUUGGGAUACAAGAUAGAUUUUUAAAAAUUCCUUGCUGUUUAUCACACUUGUAUCCCACUCCUUUUCCAAAGACCUCAGAGUGGAUUUAUUUAUUAAUUUUCUUAUAUUUAUAUUUCACCUUUCUUCCGCCAUGGAACCCAAAGUGGCAUUCAUGUGCUUCCCAACUUCAGUAAGAUGGUGGACUCAUAUCAUGCCCGGGUUACAUAUUGUUCCCAGGUGAAUUCCCAGGACAGGAUGGGCUUGUGCAGGGUUGUUAAGGCAGCAGAGAGCAUUGUUGGCUGCCCACUCUCCACCUUAGAGCAGAUUUAUGCCACAAGGUGCCAUAGGAAGGCACUGGACAUAGUAAAAGAUCCAUCGCAUCCUGGUCACUGUCUCUUCGAGCUCUUGCCGUCGGGACGGAGAUACAGGACGAUGAAGACAAGAACGAGCCGUCUUAAGAACAGCUUCUUCUCCAGAGCGAUCUCGGCCCUGAAUGGGAAGCCCGGACUUUGAAAGUCAUCUAAUCUCCCUUGCUGUAUUAUACUGUAUUGAUUAAUUAGUCUUUUUAUGGAGCAGUCAAGUAAUUUCGUUGUACCCGAAGGGGGCAAUGACAAUAAAGAUAUUAUUAUUAUUAUUAUUAUUAUUAUUAUUAUCUUGAUAGUAUGGUGCCUUGUAUACUGAGCCACCAUCAGAAGAACUUCCUCAUGUUUCUUUGAGUAACACUGUAGUGAAGAAACGUGCUGUUUCUUCCAGGAAGUGGCCUUAUUGAUGUUAAGUAAGAAAAGAAAAAUGGAGAUUGGAUCAUUUCUGUGAAGGUGUAGCAUAAAUUGACCUGAUAACAGAGGUGCAUUGCAUCUCAAGUCCCUUGAUUACAUCUUACUGUACUACAGUGGUACCUUGGUUUACGAACUUAAUCCGUUCUGGAAGUCCGUUCUUAAACCAAAGCGUUCUUAAAGUUCACAAACCAAAACACCUACUUCCGGGUUUGCAGUGUUCUUAAUCCAAGUUGUUCAUAAACUAAGCUGUGCUUAAACCAAGGUACCACUGUACUGCUGUUUUCAAAACAGGACCUGUUGUACCAUGUUGCAGUAAGUGACCAACAGUUAGAUAUCAACAGCUAUAUAUGCUGAUCACAUGCAUAGCUUCAAUCUUUUCUCUUCUUAAUAACAUUUUAUAGGAAAGCAGGUGCCACAGCCUCAAUCUAGUUUACGGGUAUAUGAACCCAGGUGGAGAGAGAAUUAAUGAUUCUGCCUCCCUGUUUCCAUCAGGCAAACAUAUGUACCUAAGCAGAGGCUCUAGGCUAGUUGGGAUAACAGCUGCAAAACUGCAUGGAUAGAGAAGAGCCCGUUCAGGCAGUUUCAGAUAUUCCAACAGAGCAAAUAAGUGUAGCAAGGAAGAUUACUGGAAAUAAGUAGCAAUAACUUUGUCGAUUAGAAUUUGGGUGGUUGAGAAUGCAUGUUAAUCAAAUGAAAGGGAGGUAGCAAGAUGGAGGGAUCAACUUUUUGCCUUCACAUAGGAGAUCAUUUCAGACCCGUGCUAUUUUAAAUCUGAAACUCCAGUCCAGACGGAAUAGGAGUGUCUGUUAUUUCUAGAUCCACCUUGCACAAGCAUCAUAUUAGCUAUUGCAUUACUAUAACAGAAGCUGUAGCAGUGAAUAUACUAUAAUAUAAAUCAAGCUGGAUUGCAGUUGUGUAGUAUGGACAAACUAGACAUUUGAAAGUAUGUAUGGAUUGUUUGAGUAGUUAUGAAAUUUAGGACUAUAUCCAACGACUUUUAACAUGAUAGCCUUCAGUGGCCGAUCUUGUACAGAUACAUACCCUUUUUUGUAUUUAACCUUAUAGGUCUUCUGCAAAAUGGGCUGAAGCAAAAUUUGGAGCAAAUACCAAAAGGUUUAGUUCAAAGAAAUUGAGAUUUUAUAAAAUUGAGGCAGAGUGUGGUUCCAUCAGUAGCCUGAAUACAAUAUUUCAGGGUGCCACCCCUCAUGGUUAUAGAACUUUACAAAUUUACAUCUGAAGGGGACCUUGUCCCAUAUAUAGUGAUAUCAUGCGAAUGAACCCCUGUCAGUUGUUUCCACUUGGGAUGUCUCCUACGCAGUGCAGGAAGCCAAUUGUCAACAAACCAACCAUCACGUAUGAAAGAGUAUCUACGGCUCCACACUCAUUCCAACAGCAAACAGUUGGUUGUGCAUUGAGGGAUUGGAGACGCAGCAAUGAGUACCAACCAGCUGUUUGGGGGGCAGGGCCCAUUACUCAGUGGUAGAGCAUCCUGAAGGGGCCUGAUUCAAUCCCCAGCAUCUCCAGGGAGGGCUGGGAAUGUCUCCUGUCAGAGACCCUGAGAGCUACUGUGAAUCAGUGAAGACACAUUACUCUGCUAGACAGGCCAGUGGUCUGGCUCAGUAUAAGGUAGCUUCCUAUGUCCCCUACCCAGCAAUAAUAGCGAACUUCUUGAAGGAAAUAUCUACAUGUUUGCCAACCCAUAUAUCUGCAGGUAUGCUGAUGCUGGUGUUGGUGGCAGUGGUCCAUUAAUAAAAAAGAUUUAGAAAAACCAGUGCUGGAAAGUACAGCAAUGCAGUGCAAUACAGAACCACCCCCACUAGCAUCCAUUCUAAAAUGUAUGAGGCAACAUAGCAUGCUAGAAGAUAAGUUAACGUACAGGAAACGUGUCAGUUUGGGUAGUUCAGUGAAGCCAUUUGAUGUGUGGUAGCAUGGUAGUUAGGGACGCGGGUGGCGCUGUGGGUUAAGCAACAGAGCCUAGGACUUGCUGAUCAGAAGGUCGGCGGUUCGAAUCCCCGUGACGGGGUGAGCUCCCGUUGCUUGGUCCCUGCUCCUGCCAACCUAGCAGUUUGAAAGCACAUCAAAGUGCAAGUAGAUAAAUUGGUACCGCUCCAGUGGGAAGGUAAACGGCGUUUCCAUGCACUGCUCUGGUUCGCCAGAAGCGGCUUAGUCAUGCUGGCCACAUGACCCGGAAAAACUGUCUGCGGACAAACGCCGGCUCCCACGGCCAGUAAAGCGAGAUGAGCACCGCAACCCCAGAGUCGGUCACGACUGGGCCUAAUGGUCAGGGGUCCCUUUACCUUUACCUUUUAGCAUGGUAAUUACAGCAUAUUGGAGCAAUCUCCUCUAUAUACAGCAUUGUACUUAGGAAAUGGAAGAGGAAAUUGUUCUUUCCAAGUUUCUAGCUGGUGUCCUCUGAAUAAAUUGAUUCCUACCUUAAUGCAGAGCAACAAGAGGAUGUUCGCUGGCAACUCAAGUAAUGAGCCAUCCUUUUCUCUUAAGGACCUCCAGGCUGAGUCAGUGCAGAUGUUGCUGCAGUCCCCUCUGUAGCAAGCUGCUCAUCCGAGUGGUCUAUUCAAGAUUGCAAGGCUAUUUCUGAGAUUAGGAAAACUGCAUUCCCUUACCCGCAGUUGUGGAAGUAGCCCCAUCUAUUGUAUGCCCUUACUUCAGAGAGAAUAACAUAUCACAGAUAUUUGACAAUGUACUGUUUCAAGGUAAACAUCAGCUACCAUAUUCCAAGUCACCUUUUCUUUUUCACACUGAACAAGACGUUAGAGAUGCUAUAGGUAUGGGCUUAACACACUGCGAAGCUCCUGAAAACUAAUGGCUUCUAUUAAUAAUUUAAUUUAGAAAUUUAAAAGCCGUAGUCCUAAAUACCCUUAUUUGCAAGUAAGCACUUUUCAAAAGGAGCCUCGCUGCUGCAUGGAGAAGUUUAAGAUAAAAGUGCAGCUGUAAGCUUCAUAGAAUAGUUAGGCUUUUAAAUUUUUAUAUGAAGAUUUAGAUAGCAGUGGCUGAAGGUCAGGGUUUAGCAAUAUUGUCCAUGCAUUUUGCAGUAAGUAGGAUGGCCAUGACCAUAAAAAGAUUUUAAAAUUAAUUUAUUAACCGCCAUUUGUGGGAAUAUUCAGUAAUUGUGCCAUUAUGGCUCCAUCAGAAUGAAAUUCAGAUUUCCUAAUUAAAUAAGUUAAGAGUGAAACAGAUGCAGCAGGUUUUACGUGGAAUUGUAUGUGUAUUCUGUUGUUGUAUGGGGUUGUUUGAAUAAGCAGUUCAAGCAGAAAUGUGCAAUUGGUGUGGAUUAACCAAUAUUUCUAAGGAGUCCUGCUUAAGCGUUCCCUUACGUAGUUACUCUUUCAGCCCGCAAACAUUUUCCUCUGUCUCUGCUUCUGCCAGUUUGCUUGUGUAAAAUGUACCAAAAUGUUUUUAGUUGUUUCUGCUGGGAUUCCUAAAAGAUGUACCACUAUCACUUUGAUUCUGGGUGUUGGCGAUUCACACUUAUUGCUGUCCUACUUUCUUAGAUAAUGUUUUGCAUUUUGAAUCUUGUUGCAGCCUGUUAGCACACUCAUGCCCUUGGCUUAAAAUGGAAAUUAAUUCCUAUCAGGGCUAUUUUUCUAGAAAAUGAGGUGCUGGAACUCACCAUGAACGCCUCCCUUGUUCUCUCAGAAUGGCAAUGACGCCCACCUGAGAGGUGCUGGGACUAAGUUCCGGUGAGUUCCAGCUUAAAAAAAGCCCUGCUUAUAGUACUUUUUAAAGAUUUUGUGACUUGCAAACAAUUCCAUUCUCUCCCUCCACACCCUGGCUUUAAAUUCAGAUGAGCAAAAAAUUGUAAGGUAUGGGAAUUGGCUCGUGAACUGUAUCCAUACUGAAUGACAGAUGGCAACAAGAAGUAUUUCUCCUGAAAGGUCCUACCAGUUCAUUGUCUUCCCUACAGUAGGAUGUUGCUAGAUUGGUGUCCUGGCAUGGGUCAUCUGAAAUAACCUAGCACUUGCUGUUUCUCUUAAUAAAUCUUUCCUUCCUGUUUUCCUUUGCUAGGCGCACCAAAGGCUUCCUCCUUGGCAGACCAUGAGAGUGGUCUAUUGCAGUACUGUAGUGCCCUCUGAUGGUGAGUACAAUAAAUAAAUUUGUUCAAGACAAGAUUCCUACCCCAAUGCUCAAAGAUUAUGUGUCUGUAUUGGUAUUUUUUAAAAUCAAGGGUGAGCCUCAGUAUUUCCCCCCCCCCCAUAGAAGUUGUGGCAAAUGAGGUUCACUUGUAGGCAGAAGCACUUCAAAACUUGAUGAAAUGGUUUGCUGGUUAAAAUAAAUACCUUUACCUACUCUAACAUUCUCGCACUGCUUUGUUGCAAGAAGGCAGUGGUACGUGAUUUUCUUUGCCACUUACCUUUUUAUCUUUUUGUCCAUUCUUAAAUUAGAGGAUCUUUUCCCAUUGUUUGUUUUGUUCUUGCUGACUUCAUGUCGCCUUACCAGCCUUGUUUAGGGCUACCUUUUCAAGGUCAACUCCAUGCUUUGAAGGUCAGUCAGAAUUCUUCUUGCAGAGAUUCAGAAUGAUGCGUAGCUGCAUUUGGACUUUUGCUUCAAAAGCCAACUUGAAACAUAUCGCUUCCAUUUUCCUUUUUUAAAUUCCUUUUUCUUCUUUGCUUUGCAUAUGUACCUUUCACAACUGAUACUUUAAAGAGCUUUAGCGUUUCCUGCAUCUUAGUUUGAGUUUGAAACCAAUAUGGCUAGUAUACAUAUGUGGUCUUAAAGCGACAGGCUUUGGUUUUCUUUGCUGUGGGUUCAUGUCCUCUCCUAAAAUGGGUAAAUUGCGGACUAAAGACAUUCAUGGCGGCUGUUGCCCCAGUUUCCUUAGUUGUAUUUGCGUAAGAGGAGUUGUAGCUGGAGUUGCUCAAAAUAGCCUCUCCCAACUUUCUGGCUGAGGGUCAUCUGGUCCUGGGAAUGUUGCAAAGGAGUUCUGAAGUCAAUGUAGAGUCUACAGAGUCAUACGGAAACAUUGUGCGUGGCAAAAAGCCAGUGAGAUUUUCAGCUAACCAGAACAAUUCUUUUAAAAACAAAACACCUUCGCCCUCUCCCUUCACAGACCUCCAACAGAAGCUGUAGCCUCUGAAUCAUGUACUCAAACCUCUGGCAUUGCCCCAUUGUUAAAAUGUUACUGAAUUAUUUGAGCUGUUAUAAGAUAGAGUCAGCUAGAUGCUGUGUGUAUUGAGCUUAUAUUUCCCCUUGUUUUUAUCUAGUGUCACAGAAUGUGUACCUGUCAUACUGAUGGGAAACCUGAAGUAUCCUGCCCACUGUCCACUUGGGCACUUGAAACAUGGCUGCUACCCCACCAAAAAAUAGUUGAACCCGAUCAGCAGUCAGAACUGUUCUGUAUUUAUUUUAAGUAUGCUAAUUUUUUUGAAAUGAUUUUCUACUUAGUAGUGAACUCGCAUUUUUAAACUACAGAGAGAGGGAGAGGGAGGGAGGGAGUUUAAAAUGCUAACCAAAGAGAAAAGUAUUUUAAAACCUUGGGGAUACAUUAAGCUAUUUCCAAUAGUACCAUGUUAAAACUGAGUUCAAGAAAAAAUCGGCCAUUAAGAAUGAAUUGUGAGAUUUCUAUAAUUUCAUUACUAACAUGGUAUUUUCAGUAGAGAGAUUUUUUAAAAUGCAAAAAGAAUCAUUUCUUCACUUAAAUGGCGGAAAGCUCCUGGCACUGAAUGUUAUUGUUACUUAUUAAAUUUAUGCGCCACCCUUCGUCUGAAGAUCACAGGGCAGUUUACAGCAUAAAAAUACAAAAUGAAGACACAAAAUACCAUAAUAGCAACAACAACCAAUAACCCCUCUCCUACAAACACAUUUAAAAGACCAUAGAUGGUUUAAUCAGCCAAAGACCAAGUUACAGAUGAAUGUUUAUUAUUGUUCCUGGGUGCCUUUUGUGUUGGUAUUUUUUUAAAGAGAAGUUACAAUUAUUUGCCUAAAUAUUGAAGCAUCUUACAUGGGCCAUUGAAUAACAAGACAGAUGCUUGUUACUGGUGUUGUUUUCUGUAGAUCAGACUUUGCAUGCAAAGUCUAUGUGGCAUUUUUAAUUUUUGCUUUUGAGAAUGGCAUUGCUGUUGCACACAAACUUUUAAGUUCCCCCCAAUGAGUCCUAGAACCAGCUGCUGGAACCUCUGCUUUAUGAAUUUAGUAAUAGUGUUUAUUUAAAAUUACAUGAUAUACUUGAAGUAAUCUGUUUCGAAUGUCUGCUUCCCUGCCCCCAGACGUUACAGUGGUUUAUCAAAACGGGUUACCUGUAAUAUCUGUGAAUCUUCCAUCCCGACGUGAGCGGUGCCAGUUUACACUUAAGCCUAUAUCGGAUUCUGUUGGGGUAUUCUUACGGCAACUACAAGCAGAAGACCGGGGAAUCGACCGGGUUGCCAUUUACUCACCAGGUACCACUCAGCAUUACUGAAGCAAUUGGAUGAACACCUACAAUACAAUGUUAGAUUCUGCCCUUGUUUUCUGUGCUUAUAGUUCCUUUAGUUUGUUAAUGCAUUUUCAUCAAAACCGCUUGCAAAACUGAUAUGGAUGUUAUAUCAUAUAAGCAGUAUUUCACAUGUCCUGUAAAACUGUUAUGUUGAGGGUGGGGGUAAAGAUAAUCCUCACUCUAGAAAAUGCCGUCUCUUUGAUGUUUUCUUAGGCAUGCCUAAGAUUCAUAAUGUAUAAGCUCGUUUAAUAAAAAGGAUACUUGGUUUCUUGUGGCUACAGUUAACUAAAAGUACUGGUCACUUUUAUUUCUUUGGAAUAGCAGGUCUUUCUAAACUGCUUUCUAGAUGAGGUAGUUAGAACGUAAGCAUUUAAUUCUGUGCUGCCUACUACUAGGCCUGUAGAGGCCGGUUCUAGGUUCUAGGUAUGAGGUUGGUUCUAUCUUCUUUGAUUAUUGGAAAAAUCACAAACUAUAGUUUACCAAGCGGAUAACAAACAAAUGGGCUAGCUGUGUGGUGUAGUGGUCAAGAGCGGUAGUCUCGUAAUCUGGGGAACCGGGUUCGCGUCUCCGCUCCUCCACAUGCAGCUGCUGGGUGACCUUGGGCCAGUCACACUUCUCUGAAGUCUCUCAGCCCCACUCACCUCACAGAGUGUUUGUUGUGGGGGAGGAAGGGAAAGGAGAUUGUUAGCCACUUUGAGACUCCUUAAAGGGAGUGAAAGGCGGGAUAUCAAAUCCAAACUCUUCUUCUUCUUCUUCUUCUUCUUCUAGCUCUGCAUAAGGAUGGCGUUAACCUGUGUGCUAGAAUACUGGUUGUGACAAAGACUUAGGCAGAGAGUGGGAUUCAGCAUCCCAAAUUGCUGCUACUCCAGCUUAAAUCCUACCCCACUUCAAACCAUUUUGGGAACAUUCUAACACAUAGGCCUGCCAUUGCAAUUCACACAUAUCAAGGAUACCUCAUAUUUUGGGAAGCUUUCGUUUUACAAAUUUGAAGCUGCGGGUUGCACUCCUGGAAAUGUGUUGUGAAUUUUAUAUGUGUGUGUGUGUGUGUGUGUGUGUGUGUGUGUGUGUUUACAAAGUAUUCUACACUGUUUUGCACUGGAAUGCAGUACACUGAUAUUGAUUUCUGGAUAGUUCUUAAUAAAAUCUUUUCCCUCUUUCGCCUUUCAGAUGGGACACGUGUUGCCUCUUCAACAGGCAUAGAUCUCCUACUCCUGGAUGAUUUCAAACUAGUAAUUAAUGACUUGACUUACCAUGUUCGUCCACCAAAGAGAGGUAACGACUUCAUGCAGUUGGGAUGUAUUUCCAGAAGUUAUUUUGGGGGGAAACCUUCCAUCUAGCAAUUUUUUAAAAAGAUCAUUUCAUCCAUACUGAAAAAGACUAGUUGACGGUUCAUCUUCCGCAAACCUAUGCAUUCAGAAUUCUGAGCAGAUCAUUCUUUCCCUGACCGUCAGGAUGUGAAGAUAACUGUGAAAACACUCUAACAGCUUCUCCAGCAUCUCUAAGGCAGAACUACUGUGACUUGCCUAGUUCUUUGCUCCACCCCCCCCCAAGUCUCCAGUCACUUCUCUCCCCACCCCCCCACCCCCGUUACACACAUCCAUUCUUAUGGUCUCCUCUCAUUCAUACUUCUCAUCCUUAAUUUUUUUAAAAUUUCAGUUUCUAUAAAAAGGACUUAGACUUAAAGAACUGACAGACAGUCUGGUAGAGAGAACCCACGAUCCAGGUGGCAAAUUAAUGUCCUCUCUUAUAAGAGGUUCCUCUAGGGUAAAGGAUGCUGGGGGCAGGACACCCCAUAUAGAUCACUGAAUGUAUGAUAGGUGUAUUGAUCUCAUGAUCAUUUGACUUCCAGCUGCACACAUUGUUGUUACUACCAUGGAACCUCGGUUUUUGAGCGUCUUGGAAGUUGAACAUUUCGGCUUUCGAAUGCAGAAAACCCGAAAGUAACUGCUUCAGUUUUCAAACAAUUUUCAGAAGCCUAAUGUGCCACAUGGCUUCUGUUUUGAGUUUCCCUAUUGUAUUGAAGCUUCUGCUUUCAGUUUCCGAACGUUUCAGAAGUCAAACGGUCUUCUGGAACAGAUUACGUUUGAAAACCGAGGUUCCGCUGUAUAAGGCAGCUUGUUAGUCUGCUAGGGAUUUUUUGGGAAGUGCCAACGCAACACACACAAGCUUCAAUUCAAAGAACAGCAAGCAGUAUUCUGCUCAUGGAACAGGGUUUUUCCAUCUCUUCCUACCUCCCCACUGCAGUCCCCAGCACCUCCUGAGAAGCUGCUCCUGAAGGUCAGGAGAACCUCAAGAAUGAUGUGUAAUAGAACAUGGGGAGAUAGAGAGAGAGAUGAUAGUCAGUAGAACCACCAACACUUCUCAGUUUGUGUGAACUGUAAUUCCUCUCUGCUUUGGAACAAAAGUAGUGGUGAAUUUUAGGUUCCAAAAUGCAGCACAUCGCUAGGGCAAAAAUCAGGUAUAUUAAUAAAACUAUGCUAUCAGCCAUGUGGCAACUGUGACUUUGAAUAUUUAAAAAGGCAGCAAAAAGGAUUAACUGGCAACUUCGCCUACCAUCUGCUGAAAUCCUGGGUCUUGAUUUGGCCUAGGAGUCAAGAGUAGCGUUCAAGCCAAGUGCUCUUCACAAUGUCAAGCACUUCUGAGGUUUCGGUUUUGCUGUUUGCUAGAACUUAUCUGUGAAAUUCUUAAAAGUUGAAUGUCACCAGAAAAAAUGAUUGCAUGGCUGUGCCCACAAAUAACAGGGGAGGUCCUGUGUAAUAAUAAGGAGCGAAAGGUUAAUCAUACUUCUGAAAAGAGAAACUGUUGCAAAAUACUGAUGAGACCAAAGAGGAACCUGAUGAGACAGAAGAGGCCUUGGUUCAAUUUCAGGGAACAAUAAGACCAUUAAUAAAAUGUUGUGUGGAGUGUGAGGGCCCUUUGAAUCUUCCAGCCUUUCCCAACCUCCUGCCCUCCAAAUAUUAUGGACUUCUAUCAGCCUCAGCCAGCAUGGCCAAUAGGAAGGGAUAGUGAGAGUUUUAGUUCAAAACAUCUGGAAGGCCCCAGGUCAAGGAAGACUGAUUUAGUCUUUCACAUGUUCUGUCAUGGAGGAACUUCUCAUUAGGUAUAAAAAGUACCCAUUUUUAGAACAUUAAUAUGUAACUGUGACUGAGUUGCUAAUGCAGGAGGCAUAAGCUGGAAUUUAGUUUUAUUUAAAUCCAGACAUAAAAACUUUCUCAGAACAUAGAGAAACAAUUUCUUCAUGGUGCUAAAUAUUGUAGGAACAGCAGUAGUUUUAGGCCUGUAAACCUGAACAUCAGAUCUGUUUCUUAAGAAGUGUACUACUACCCGAUUCUGUACCAGUUCCAUCACUUUUCACUUGUGCAUGGUUCAUCAUCAUCACUUUUGAUUUGUAUACCAUCUUUCUAUCUUACAAUACCCAAAGUGGUUUACAAGCUGAAGAAACAAAGAAUGUACACCUUAUAACAAUCUAAUGCAAUGCAAAAAUGUGAUAAUAAAACGUAACUUUAAAAUAAGCAACCUACAUCAAAUAAAGUAACAUCUAGCAAUCAUUAGAAUAGUAUAAAGGUAAAGGGACCCCUGACCAUUAGGUCCAGUCGUGACUGACUCUGGGGUUGCAGUGCUCAUCUCACUUUAUUGGCCGAGGGAGCCGGCGUACAGCUUCCGGGUCAUGUGGCCAGCAUGACUAAGCCGCUUCUGGCGAACCAGAGCAGCACACGAAAAAUGCCGUUUACCUUCCCGCCUAUUUAUCUACUUGCACUUUGACGUGCUUUCAAACUGCUAGGUUGGCAGGAGCUGGGUCCGAGCAACGGGAGCUCAUCCCGUCACAGGGAUUCGAACCACCAACCUUCUGAUCGGCAAGUCCUAGGCUCUGUGGUUUAACCCAUAGCGCCACCUGCGUCCCGUUAGAAUAGUAUAAAAUAAUAUUAAAUAUCAACAUAUAAAAAUUAAACAGAAACCUACUCUUAACAUUUACAAUAAAUAAUUUCUAAACUACAAUCAAUAAAACAACAGCAAGCCACAGUGCAUAAAAUAAUACAAUACAAAUUGAGAAGCAGAGACUGGAGGGUGUGGCAAGGCAGGUGGAAGAAGACCUUGCCUAAUGAAGUCUCUCCCCUCACAGGUUAAAUUAGUUUGACAUGCUUCUUGGCUAGAUUGAAGCAUAUUAAUAUAAACACACAUUGUAGUUCAUAAAACCCUUGUAUUUAUACUUUUUGUGUGUAUUGAUAGAGAAGAUUAGAGCUUGCAGGUAUUGCUGUGGUUCAAAUGUUGUGCUGCCUCCAUCUCUGCUGAACUGAUGUCUGUCAAACUUGGCUUGUUUUGUAGAUUCACUGAGAAUUAACAAAGGCAAGCUAAACCUGAAGACUGUGUGCUGAAAUUUACUGCUUGCAAGGUUCUAUAUAUUUUAGUUUGCGUUGUCUUGACAAAAUUUACAAUAUCUAAUUGUUAGGUAGAAACUCAGCAAAAGUGUUUUCAUUAACCUUAACAACAUUAACAUUAACUGUUUGAUAAAUGUACAAACUUGUAAACAGUAAUAUUGAAAGAAUGUGGUUACAACAGGCCGCUAUGCAAUAUGAAAUAUCAGAUAAGUGUUGUUGCCCUCUCAGACUUGAUUAUCCUAAUUAAUUUGUGCAUGAAGUACCAGUUCACUAUAGCUACCUUAAAUUGAUUUGCGUGUUCAGAUCUCGAGACCUCGCUAAUAAAUAAAGACACAUUCGACUCAAAUUUUUGUUUUGGUUUUUGGCAGAAUUUAAGCCACAACUUUAUUGAUUACAGAUAAGUGAGUGUUGCAUAGGCUCUGUUUCCACUAGCUCCCUACGCCCACGGUAGGUAGCGCUGACCCAGGGUGCAUCAUAGGACAGCCAAGGGUAAACACCUGGAGAAGGUCAAGAGCCUGGGAGCAGACUCUGUCCACUCCCCAUAUGCUCCCCUGGACUCAGGCACGGGCACAACCCCCUACCGGGGGUUGAACAAAUCAUUUUGAGUCCUUGGAUUCCUUUAACGGAAUACCCUUCACAUAGGGAUCGGCACAGCUCCGCAUCCCUAUCCACCUUGAGCCAGUGCCUAUCCACAACCUUACAAGUUGUGACGGUUUGCUACGCGGCAGGCAAAACCCAAAUGGCCAUGGCCAAUCAGUCAAGUGGGGAAAUUCCUACCAUGCCCCUGUCCCAACAACACACAACACACAACGUCAUAGCAAGGUCAGUUGCUGAAAAAAACCCUAAAUAUAGGGAGAGGUGGGCAGGUGUUCCGAUGCACGAGCAAAAAGAGGAAACUCUACGACACGUGCAUGGGUAGAAAUAGGUCCCUCAAACUGUCUGCCUUCUUUCCCAUUGGUCAAAUUGAACCCAGCAAUGAGGGACCACCAAUCAGGCAUUGUGGCUAUCCAAACGAUCCCACCCACAACCUUGGGUCAGCCACGUUGAUCUCACCGCAACACGUGCCCUCUGUGAGGAAGACCCGAUUUAGACCAAACCGUCACUGAUAUUAAUAAACAUUGAGUACUAAAUUCUGGCAUCUCCAUUUGGCCUAUUACAUUUUCAUUUCUCCUAGUAAUAAUAAUAUUAUAAUAAUUUAUUAUUUACACCCCGCCCAUCUGGCUGGGUUUCCCCAGCCACUCUGGGCGGCUUCCAACAGAAUAUUAAAAUACAAUAGUCUAUUAAACAUGAAAAGCUUCCCUAAACAGGGCUGCCUUCAGAUGUCUGGUAGUUGUUGUUCUCUUUGACAUCUGGUGGGAGGUUGUUCCACAGGGUGGGUGCCACUACCGAGAAGGCCCUCUGCCUGGUUCCCUGUAACUUGGCUUCUCGCAGCGAGGGAACCGCCAGAAGGCCCUCAGCGCUGGGCAGAACGAUGGGGGUGGAGACGCUCCUAGGCUCUUCUUCAAAACCAUUGUGCACCCUUGUUACUGGAACCCAGUUGUUUGUAUCAGUGGGAGAUGCAGGUUACUUUAGGGAAGCAGAGGAGAACGCAGUAUGAGGUCAUUAGAUUUUGAAAUAUUAAAGUGAAGUACUUGGUAGAGAUGUAAAGGUCCAGAAAACCAUUGGAAAAAUUCAGGGGCCUCCCCCCCCCCACUUCCCAGUGACACCUCCCCUUCCAGUUUUUCCAAAGACUUUUGGGGAUCUUGGAAAAACUUGUUCUGAAACGUUUUCUCUUUUGGAAGGAGCGAACUACUUUUUAAUACAAGUUUUUAUUCGCUCAAAAUGUGCAGCAUGAAGAUUUUUAUGGAAAAGAAUCUGCAGCAUUUGAGCAAUAAUUUCUGUGUAUUGCGUAGACAUAUACAUUCACAUUAGCUCGUACAAAACCAACAGUGCAGUCCUAUACAUCCUUACUCUGAAGUAAUUACCAGUGAGUUCAGUGGUUUCUGCCUAGUGGGUGGGUAUAGGAUUGCAACCUUAUAUAUUCAUAUAUUUAUAUGUUUAUAGAUGCAAACCUGUGUGGAACUUAAGCAGAGUGGGUUCUGACUGAACCUGCAUGGAAUGCUUUGUAAACUUCAGGAAUAUGCCAAAUAGUACGGUUUUAUGUGCUAAAUUACAAAUGAUGCCUUUUAUAUUGUUUAAACAGAAAAAACUAUGUAAUAAAUAAAUUCAAUAUAUUCAAUAAAUAAAUUGCAUAUAUUCAAUAAAGACAUGGCAUAUAUUUCCAUUUUCCCCAGCUUUUCCUGGGAAGGUAGGGUCAGGAGGGAUAGUUUUUUACAUGGCUUCAAAAUUUAUGCUAACUUUUCAUCAGUAGUCCUAGAUCUUCCUCUUCCUCUUAUUGCUGAUGAUGAAAAAUGAUCCAGUAUAUUUUUCCGAUUACACACACACACACACACACACACACACACACACACAAUUGCAAGCAAAGUCCUAAUUCCAGUGUUUGGAAUUAAUGAGCAUAAAAGAACAUGGUUAUUCAUAUUUGGUGUGUAUCUUUAAACAUUAGUUUCCGCUGAGCCUUUCUUUGAAGCAGGGUGUCGUUUUCUUAUUUUAUUUGGUUCUGUAAAUGUCAGUGCAGUGAGAGCAGUUUUUCAUUUCGGUUCUAAUAAGCUGUUAGAGGCGUAACCACUGUGAAAAACAGAACGUUAAAAAGUCCUGUUUGCUUCUUUAGACCUCUUAAGCCACGAAGAUGCAACCACGCUGAAUGAUGUGAAGACAUUGGUUCAGCAGCUAUAUACCACACUGUGUAUCGAGGAACACCAGCUGAAUAAGGAGAAGGAGCUCGUUAGACGGCUAGAAGACCUCAAGCAGCAACUAGCGCCCCUGGAGAAGGUGAGAACCUCUCUUCAUUGAGUGACAUCCUAAGCUGCUUUGAUGAGUGGCUCAGUCAAUGGCAUAGCACAAAUUGCAUUGUAAGCUAGCAAUAAAUGUAGUUGAAAAAGUAGAGCUUAAUAGCUUUGUGUUGCUAGUUGGAUUUGUAGCCUAAAGGGAAACCUACUUUAUGCAAUUCUUUCUGAUCUUUGUCAGAGCACGGAAAUAUUAAAUGGGUUCCAAGUGAGUUAUUUUUCAUCUGCGAAAUGAGUUUUUGGCACUAAUAUUAAGCAUUUCAGGGUAAAUCCACAAUGCAGUUCAGAUUUAAACAUAAAGAUCCUUGCCAAUGGAAAUACGCUAUACAUAUUGCACACGUCACAGCAAUCACCUGGGUCCUGUCCCCCAGACUUUGUUUACAUAGAGCAAUUCCUUUGGUGGUGCUAUGAACUCUAAACUACAGCCCUUUGGCACUCCCCUGUAAUAAAUUACUCUGAAACUGUGUGGGGUCCGUUUUUCAAGCUCCUCCAUCACAAACCACCAAGAAAGUAAGUGGAUCAGCUCAGUUGCUAUCACAUUAGUUUGUCCAUCGCGCUUGCUCUUUAACAUUUCUAGUCUAUGCCUUAAUAUCAAGGCUACCUUCAGAAUGUAAAACACCAAGCCCCCAUUUUAGGAGGUAGCUCAGUUUGCUAUCUAUUGGCUAUAACCAAGGUUUGUUAUUGGCUAUACUCAUGGUUAGUGAAGAGAAAGCUGAACCACAAGUUCCAGCUUGGACAACAUACUAAGGAAUAUGUAUGGGCAGUCCUUGUAAGCUAUACCAUUGUACUUUAGUUCUCAAAUUUAAUCUGUCCUGGGAGUCCGUUCGACUUCCAAAAAGGUUCAAAAACCAAGGCGCAGCUUCAGAUUGGCUGUAGGAACUUCAGUCUGCGUUGGACUUUCAGCUUCCAAAAAACAUGUGCAAACCGGAAUACUCACUUCCGGGUUUGUGAUGUUAGGGAGCCGAUUUGUUCAACAACUAAGGUGUUUGACUACCAAGGUACGACUGUAGUUUGGUUUACCGUGUUGCAUGAAUCAGGUCAACGACAGCUUCUCUCCCACCUUGCACCCUUCUUUGCAUGUGUAUAAUUUACAUAUAUGAUUACAUGUUUUUCUGGUUCCCCCCAUUCUAUAUCUAUAUAUCGAGACAGAGCUUAUGUGAUGGUCUUAAAUAGUAAACAAAACAAAAAGGGAUGCAGCAGGGGGUUGGUAGUCAACAGAAAGAAAUGUUUCACAAUAGGAAUGGAAGCUGAGUUAUUUUGAACUUGAAAUGUCAGCCCCUCAGUCGACUGUAAACAUGUUCUCUUUCUCUCUCUCUCUCUCUCUCUCUCUCUCUCUCUCUCUCUCUCUCUCUCACACACACACACACACUUUAUUGAUUUCAAAGUUAAACAGCAUUCUGUUUAAGGAUUGUUAUAAUAUCAGCACUGAAAACACCAAUCCUACUGUAUGUGCUUAUUUCAUGUUUAACCUUUGUUGAGAAGCAACAGCUCAACAUAGUUCUGAACAUUUUUGUCCUGCAGGUUAGGAUGGAAAUCCGCCGGAAAGCAGAGAAGAGGACCACCUGGGUGCUCUGGGGUGGGCUGGCUUACAUGGCCACGCAGUUUGGAAUUCUGGCCCGGCUCACUUGGUGGGAAUACUCUUGGGACAUUAUGGAGCCGGUGACCUACUUCAUCACAUAUGGCAGUGCCAUGGCAAUGUACGCAUACUUCGUAGUAACGCGUCAGGUGAGGCUUGCUUUUGGUUUUAUUCUACGUUAUAAGCAGGUGUCCAGGAAACCCCAUUCUCAUAAAUAUGACUUUUCCUCAUCUGUGCUGUUCUUUUCUUGAAAAUGAGGGUGCCUACCCUGUGUACUUCUGAAUCUUUGGCUGGUUUAUCCAUAUACCAUCAUAAUGUGGCAAAAAAAAUGCAACAUUAAGCGAUGACGUGUGUGUGUGUGUGUGUGUGUGUGUGUGUGUGAACAUAACAGAUACAGUGGAACCUCGGUUUUGGAGCAUCUCGGAAGCUGAAUGUUUCAGAAGCCAAACACCGAAAACCCGGAAGUAAUUGCUUCCGUUUUUGAACGCGCCUCUGAAGUCGAAUGGCUUCUGAGGUGCGUUUCUCAAUUUUCACCAUAGACUUUGCCAACAACCCUUUGCACCUCGGUUGCUGAACGUUUUGGAAGUCAAACGGUCUUCCAGAAGGGAUUACGUUCGACAACCAAGGUUCUACUGUAUAACAUUCAAUUUAUAACAGAAAUAGAAACAGAUAUAACUCACUGAGCAUUAGGUGAGAGGAGCAAAUUCCUCCAUAAACCAAAGAUCUGUUUCCUUCUGUUGCUCUGAUGAACCACUGCACAGUUGUUGUUUUCAGAGUAGCAAAGGUGUCAAAACAUGCUUGCUACUACAUCCCAGAAGAGGCAAAAAGUUCAAAAAACAAAACAAAACCCUUGCCAUAGCUUAACUCCUUCACCUGAAUCUAGCAAUAUGUAAAAUGAUAACUGGGUGAUAGGCCAAAAAGACUUCACAGCUUAUCACUCUUUAGCUGAUAACCAGACUUGAGUUCAUGACUGUAGAUAAGCUUCAAUAUUCUGUUAUGCAUUUAUUGCCCACUUCCUAUAUUUAGCCAAUGCACGUAUUAAUUAAUCAACAGUUUUAUCCCCUUUCUUCCCAACCCUCAUAUAUUAAUGCCUUCCUUUUUUUCUUUUUUAUUCAAUCUUUGAUUGCACAGGAGUAUGUAUACCCAGAUGCCAGAGACCGCCAGUACUUAUUAUUUUUCCAUAAAGGAGCCAGAAAGACGCGUUUUGAUCUAGAAAAAUACAAUCAACUCAAGGAUGCUAUUGCUCAGGUAAUGAAAGUAAUUUCAACUAACGGGGGUGGGGUGGGAAGAUACCCUCCCAUCCCAUCCCAGUAACUGAGUGAGGCACUUUCCCACAUUCUCUUAUCACCAUGUAUUAUGAAGCGCAGCAUAUUAUGGCAGGUGUUAAUAAUUCUGGCAUAGAUACUAAAGGUGGAAUCCAACAUUGUGCUCUUCCAGUCUGCCCUCUCCACCCCCCGCACCGUUCUGAGGGUUCUCCCAACCCGCCCCCAAGCCAAAUUAAGAGGCUGCAGAGGGCGGAAAGGGGGGAAAUCCCUGCUGUACAAGUGGAAGUCUUUGCUCUCAAGGCUUCGGCUGAAACUGCUGGUUAGGUGGAUCCUGCCCUAAGUUUAAAUGGCUGAUUUGAACCUGCAACAGUGCGGGUGGGGAAAUGUUAGUCCUAGUUGUUGUCUUGCGGGGGCUAAAAGAGUAAAUGUCUGUUGGGUGCCACGUUAAAUGAUUGCACACAUCAAAUCUCUCUUCUUCCCGGUGGAUGAUUAUCAGUAGUUGCUACGAAACCUUAAACCUUUUGACCACUGUAUGUGAAUGUGCGUGGUGGCAGUUUCAUGUAGCCAGCAUGCCUCAGCUGAGAAUCCAACAUGUGCAUCGAUGUCAUGUGAUAGCUGAGUGGCUAAUGGCCAUGUGAGGUGCCCGUGGAAUAUGCCCUAAUCUAUCCAUGGUUUAUGGCUGUACAAAUUACCUGCAGAUGGUGAGUUUGUGGGACUCCCUUGCGUGGCUCACUGAUGUUUAUAGAAGAAGAGAACAAGAGUAGGGAUGAGGAAAUAGUCAAGGGCUGGCACUAGGAUUGUAUCUGAUUUUUAGAGUUGCCAGCUGUCCAUCAUUUUCCCAAUCUAGUCAUUAAAAUCACCUCUACCAUGGUCUAUAAUUCCAACGAACUUUAGAAUUGGCCCGAUACAGGGCUCUUCCUCUUAACACCAUGGCUGCACAUCUAAUACCUUGACCCUAUUAGUGUUGGGCUUGCCAGCAUUUUUUUAAACAGACUUGGCAAGACUUCUUACAUUUAUGAAUGCUGUUCUUUCUGCCCCUGACAUUAAUCUUGGAUUCUAUAGAAUGCUGUGUUGUUCGUUGUAUACAGGAAAUAAGCAUUAUCUGGUGGGAGGUGCAUGUGAUCUCUAGGAGAGGGAUAAUCCAUUUUUUCUGCCACUUUGGAAGUUACUGACUUGGCAGUUGCUGCAACUGAAAUUGCUAAGUCUUUGGGGAUAAGUGUUCAAUCUACUAGGAGGGGGAUUAUUGCACUUAAUUAGGGCUGGGUAUUUAUAAUUUCAAUUGGAUAUAUGUAAAUAAUCAUAAAAACAUUGUGCUUGUGCAAUAAUAAUAAUAAUAAUAAUAAUAAUAAUAAUAAUAAUUUAUACCCCACCCAUCUGGGUAGGUUUCCCCAGCCACUCUGGGCGGCUCCCAACCGAAUAUCAAAAACACGAUAAAGCAUCAAACGUUAAAAACUUCCCUAAACAGGGCUGCCUUCAGAUUUCUUCUAAAAGUCAGAAAGUUGUUUAUUUCCUUGAAAUCUGAUGGGAGGGCGUUCCGCAGAGCAGGUACCACCACCGAGAAGGCCCUCUGCCUGGUUCCCUGCAACAUCACUUCUCGCAGUGAGGGAACUGCCAGAAGGCCCUUGGAGCUGGACUUCAGUGUCCGCGCUGAACGAUGUUGGUUCAGAUGGUAUCAUCUACUUAUUUUUCAUAAAAUUUCUAUGAGUUAUAGCCUCAACAAUAAAGAGAUCACAUUACCUUACAGCAGGAGUCGUUAACCUGUAACCCCCCCAGGUGUUACUGAGGUACAGAACCCAUCAUUCCUGACAACUGGCUGCGACUGAUGGGACUUGUCAUUCAGUAACAUCUGGAGGGGUGUAUGUCAGCACAUUGUGGUGAAAUGUGGUUCUUACAGCUUUCUCCCCCCUUAAUUUUCAGGCAGAAUUGGAUCUUAAGAGGCUUCGAGACCCCUUGCAGGUGCAUUUGCCUGUCCGACAAAUCAGCGAUAAAGACUGACCAGCCCAGGUCCUCUGAACCCUGGCAGACUUGGCAAAACGGUUCAUAGCUCUCGCCUCUUUAAUUAAAGCAUUGCUGGUGGAAGCUGGGAGGUCUUGCGGGGGUGGAGGGCUUUUUAAUCAUUCAAAGCAGAACAAGGACCAUGGCUGGGGAGGGGUCAGUGUGUUCAACGAGAAGAUCGGGCAUUGUGGGAUGUUAAGUCUUUUCAAAGGGCUUGACAAAUACCGUCACAUUUAAACGUUCUUUCUUCCUGGAUGAAAAUAUAUAUAAAAAAGUCGGCAUUUCAUAAACAGAAUGUAUAGGGGGCAUAUUUUUCCGGCUUUGCAGUGUCUGCCUCUUGAUGAUGCACCAGCAGCCUGCUAAGCUUUUUAAAAGACUUCUCCUCUUUCAAAAUACCAAUAAUAAAUAAUAACAGUGCAUCAAAAAAAGUGAAGAAGAAGGGGGGAAAGCACCAUCUUAUGAAACUAUGGCUGCUGAUCCAAUUGGCCCUACAUGAACAUGCACUCUAGAUUGGACCUAGUGUGUCUCUUUUGUAACCUUCAUGUGAAACUGCUUUUUACUUUAAAAGAAAACGAAGCAGACUUUCUCCUUUAUGGGAUGAUUACAUCACUAUAGUCAAUUUUAUCGAUAUCACAAGCGGAAUAACCCUUGCCCUGAACGUUUGAUAAUUGACACUUUGAAUGACUUCCUACAUUCUUAAACUUGAACAUGUCCCACUGCCCUGGAUGUACUUCUAGAUAUAAAUGGUGAUAUUGCAUGAGAGAAUUUUUCAUAUUCAGUCUUAAGGGAGGGAAGUCUCCCUCUACUCUUUCCACCCCAGAAUCUGGUAGCGACCUGGAUUAAUCAAAUCACAAAGGUUGGUUUAAAUAUAUAGCAAAUUGGGUACUUGACUCAAAACCAUGACUCUUUACAGAAAAGCAUUAGGACAGGUAUAACUAAAUGUGAUGUUUGCAUAGCAGAGUGAAUGAUGUGUCUUUCAUGAAGUCGCCUGGUCUGGAGACUUUGUCAAAGGCCUGGAGUAGAAGACCACAGAGUUCCACAUUGAUUCACAAGCCCUUUCUUUCUUUGGUAGCUUUAAAAAGAACGCCCCGGUGCCUAGGAGCCAGGGUUUCUGCGGAGUAGCAGAUUGCAAACUCCUUUUUUUAUUAUUAUUGUUGUUAUUAUUUUAAAAGUUGAGGAAAUGGCACUCCAUCACCCUCCACUUCUUGCAAACCAACUGGGCGGUUCCGCCCCCCCCCCCCCCCGAGCGGAUCUUGCAUCCUGCAUGGAGUGGAAUCAGCCUUUUCUUAUCAUCCUGUGAUAAAUACUGUGGAGACAGGAUGGAAGUUGCAGAAGGGCUCUAAGCUUAAUUCGCAGAAAGGCCGGGUGUUUCCUUUCAGUUCACUACUUCUCACUGUGUCAAGGCGAGAGGCUCCCACUUUCUGGAGAAACCAUGUUUUAAAGUGUACAAAAUAAAUAUAAACCAGACGCCAGGUGCCUUGCAGAUGUGGAAAUGCAGACGGGACCGUUGCUGCCUCCUCUCACUCGAUGGCAUGUUGGACUGAAUCGAUGCAUGUUCCAAGGUGUUUUUUCUUUCUUUCUCUCUCUCUCCCCCCACCUUUGUCUUUCUGUUCUCAGUUACAUUUUUGAUUUUUGAUUUUCGUUUGGUUUUUUAAAAAACAAAACAAAAACAAAAACAAACCUGUUUUACCCUCUUUGUAUGCGGCAUUUUAAAAAAGGAAGAAGACGAGCAGUCCUGUAGAGGAACAUUUUAUGUGUGUUUGGGGCGAGGGAGGGGCAUGGAGAAAAAGUCCUUAAAAAAUAAAGUAAAAUACUGAACAUGUGUAAAAUCCUGUAUCAUUUAUUAAAUAUGUAUAAAAGAGCAAUGUACUUCUGGAACAAUAAAUAACUAUUCAGUUUUUGAA